CUUUUUUCCAAAUUUGUCACAAAAAAAAUUUACAUUCUGUCAUGCCCCAUUUUUUCUCUGGUUCUUUGCGGUGCUACCUGGGAAUUUAUUUCUGAAGAUCACAGCACACAGCUCUGUGUAAUACUGAAAGGAAUUGGCUGGCAGGAAGCCUGACCAGUGGGGGAAAAAAAAAGAGGAUUUUUCUUACAGAGUGUGUCUGGUUCAGUCCCACAAGGUCUGACAUCAGAAAGAAAGCCUCAGUUUCCUUCAAGGAGUUUACCAUUAAGGCACAAACUUUUUUUUUUUCUUACCCUCAUCCCAGAUUUUUUUGUGCAUAAGUAUUUCCUUUGUCAGACAGCAGCUCCUGCCUGAUGAAAGACUCCAUCGAGCAAAGUUUUAGCUUCCCAGAGCUGCAACCUUUAAACCGGCUGCACAGGACAGAAAACAUCCCUUGAAGCCUGGAUUCUGCUAAUGCAGGAAAGAAGUGAGUGAAACUUUUCUGUGUCUUUGCACGCAGUGCCUAUAGUUGUUAUGGGGUUUACUGAGUGACUUUCAUUGCUGCUACUCAAAAAAACCAAAACAAAAAACAGACACAAUAUCGAAACGUUACCAGUUUGUACAAAACUUUAACCUUAUUUCAGCUAGUGUUUUCUGGUGACUAUAAACAUCACAGUGGGGUCAAUUCACUAAACUGGGAAUUGUGGAGAUAUGACAAGGGAAAAAAAACCCAAGACAAAACACUAAAAUAUAUUUUUUAGUGAAAAUAGAACCUAAUGUUUGGCCAGGAAAGAAUUCUAAAAAAUGCAGAUAUCAGUUAUUUAAUGAUUUGAAAUGUUGCUGUAUCCUGAUUUUUUGUCAGACUUCCAGCCAAUAGUCAUGUGAUACACAGAGAGAGCACUGAUAGGUUGAGUUGAGUUGUUACCAUAGAAGCAGCAUAACAUUUAGAAGUGUUUUUGUUUUGCUUUUUGGAUUAUUUAUUUUUUAUUAUUUUUUUUUUUUUAAUGUAUUUAAAGCUAUUAAGGGAAAAUUCAAUUGACAGAAUUUAUUUUUCUCAUUUUAAUUAUUGUUGAUAAACAUGCUUGAGCAACAAGUAUAUGUUUUAACUAGUUAGUACAUCACCAUUAAAGGGACCCUAUAGGCAUUCAUUUCAUUGAAGUGGUCUGGGUGCAGCGUCCCUGUCCCCCUUAGCCAUGCGUUGUAAGAUAUAGCAGUUUUAGAGAAACCUCAUUGUUUACAUUGCAGUGCUAAGACUGGGUCUAGUGGCUUUCUACCAGAUAGCCACUAGAGGCACUUCCUGCAGCUAGACAGAGUUUGGCUCUGUAAAACAACACUGAACGUUCUCACACUUUGCUUAAAAUCAUCCAGCGUGUUAAAAAACCCCAUAUGAAAGCAUUGAGUCAAUGCUUUUCUUUGGGGAAAGCCUAAUGUGCAUACUGCGCUCGAUGUGCAUGUGCAUUAGGUUCCCCCAUAGGCUGAUGUUGGAGGGGCUCGACCCAGCGCUUAGGGACAAUGUUGCUGGAAUCAGGUAAAACAUUUUUUGUUUUGUUUUGUUUUUACCCCUUUACAGACCGGGGGUGGGAGAGGGACUAUAGUAUUAGGAAUACAAUUUUUUUUUAAGCUGAGGUUAGUAGGAACAGGAAAAUAGACUAGAGGAAAAAACACAAUAGUGCAACUUUUCAGGUUCUGCUAAAAAGAUGUCUCGAUCGAAAAAUGCAAAUAAUAGUUAAAAUAAGCUGACAUGUGGACCACAACUCCCAUUAUGUCCAGCACACAUUCAACAAGUGAAGCCCACUGUAGCUGGUGUGCCCUAAGGUAUUACUGGGUGAGUUGCCUUAAAUUCUCGAUCUUUCCACAGACAGUCAGAGAAACUAUAAACAACAGGAAAGGAUAUUUAUACUAUCUGAGUUAUUUAAGGUCAGGAUCGCUAAGCUGGAAAAAUUCCCAACUAUGCUUUUAUUUACGUUACUCACGCCUUAAAAUUCACUUUAUUGCAAAAACUAUAAUGAUGUAAGCAUGCACAAAAACAGCAUAUUAAUGAGGCCAUCAAAUGCAUUAAAGUUAUAUUGUGCCUGGAGUCUCCCUUAAAGGGUUUAUUCGCUAAAGCAAAAUCUUGCAAGAGAACUGCAAAUAUUACACCAAAAUAGCCAAAAAAUUACAUGUUUUUUUAGUUUAUAAGCUUUUACAAGUCCCUUUCUUGUUUCUUCACAGUUUCUCAUUUAGUUAAAGGACCACUAUAGUGCCAGGAAAACAUACUAGUUUUCCUGGCACUAUAGUGCCCUGAGGGUGCCCCCACCCUCAGGGACCCCCUCCCGCCGGGCUCUGGGGAGAGGAAGGGGUUAAACUUACCUCUUUCUCCAGCUCCGGGCGGGGAGCUCUCCUCCUCCUCUCCUCCUCUUCGGCUGAAUGCUCAUGCGCAGCAAGAGCUGCACGCGCAUUCAGCCAGUCCAUAGGAAAGCAUUCACAAUGAAAAUCACAGUGAGAAGCACGCAAGCGCCUCUAGCGGCUGUCAAGAGACAGCCACUGGAGGCUGGAUUAACCCUAUUAUAAACAUAGCAGUUUCAGAGAAACUGCUAUGCUUAUAAAAAAAAGGGUUAAUCCAAGAUGGUCCUGGCACCCAGACCAUUAAGCUGAAGUGGUCUGGGUGCCUAUAGUGGAAAUUAUGCUGUAAUAUUAACAAGAAAAAAACAAUACAUGCAAUUAUAUGAACAUGCGCAGUGUUAAUUAACGAAUAUCUACCAAACAGCCACUUUGAUAUUUCUCCACUAAAUCUUUUUGACUUGGAACCUUCAUUUACAUUGUGAAGAAUUGAUUGGUUUUAGUGGGGCAGCACAGGACUGUAUGUUCUCUAUGUAACAGUUAAAAAUCCAAACAUUCGAUUUUAGUCGUCCUGAGCUGGGAGAGUCCUGCCAGCUGGGAAUUUGUUUUAAUUCACCCCAUCUAUCUGGCUAUCAGUGUUAUUGCUACAAAUCAAAACGUACUGUACAGUAAUGCAUUAUGAAUGUGUCCUGUAGUCACUUUUUCCUAAAUGAAAUUUUCCAGGGCAGACCUCUAAAAUGUAUCCUGUAUCCAAAUGGCUUAUGAAUCACUGGAAGGCAGCAUAAUGUGCUAACAUUGCCCUCAACCUGGGCUGUAACUGCUGCCUUUGCAUCGACAUGAGAAAAUGAUACAUUUUAUAUAGACUAUACAGCCAUUUCUUUAUGGUCACAUGCUAAGUCACAGCGCUGUUUACUUUUACCCUCGUUAUUUUCUUGCCUGACAAUCUGUCUGCACAAACAUUUAUCUAGAGCAGCAAAGGUUGCGCUCUCCCAUUAUAGCGGCUGUGGACAAAGUUUCAAUCAGCCAAACAUGACUUAUUACCUCGUCCCAACAACAGAAGUACCAAAGGUCAGCACAACUGAUCUAGAAUAAUAAGGCUAAUCGUAUAUCUCAAAGAACAGGUUUUAUAAUAACACACCAUGUACACAGCCUAGAGGAAAAACUAGAUUAUAUAUAUUGCAUUUAUUAAAAUAUUUAUAUAUUGUUUCUGUCUGUCUAUCUAUCUAUCUAUCUAUCUAUCGACACACUCAUUCUUUAGUACUCUUCUGUUUCUUACCUUUUGGUUGCAGGACAGUGGCCUCUGCUGGCUGGGGCUGAUUUUGGUCUUGCUUCCCUCCCGUGCGGGUGCUAGCUGAGAGGAAGUGACUGCAGCCACACUGGCUGCACCGGUGGUAGUUCCGCCGCUGCCAGGGCACAUAUAUAUUAUAUAUAUCUCAAUAAUGUGUGCACAUUGGGAAUGGGAGGCCUGGGUGUCCAAGCUCCCCAGAACCACCAGAAUCAUGACAACCGUCAUGGUUGUCACCCCCUGUGGUGACCUCUGUCAAAGCCGGAAGGCAAUCCAUUCUCCACUCAUUGGCUUGGAGCGUCAGCUUGCUGCUCUCAGUCAAUGAAUGGCACACUGUGCAUGCAAAUAUGCACAGAAUGGACAUUAGCCAUCUAGGAAUGUUUGUCCUGGUCAGCUGAUGAUACUUCAAUGACCCUGGCAGAGGAGGAGUUACAUCUCCAGCAUCAAAGGGGUUAAACACCAUAUGUGCAACAUUUCAUACUGAAAGUGGUCUAGGUGCUAGAAGUAACGCUUUUGAGAGGUGCAAGUGUUACUUGACGUUACAAUAUCCAUUGUAUAUGAAUCCUGAAAUAAGUAUUUUUAUUUUCAGAGUACAAGAUUAAAACAAUAUGUCACAACAUACAAAGUAAAUUUGACACAGCUGUAUACAAUGUUAAAGAACUUUCUGUUGGUCCAGAAGAUGCCUGAAGACAAGUUAAUCCUGUUCCAGUUCCAAACCUCUAGUCCUUAGAAUUGUAUCAAUUUUCAAUGUUUUUGUGCAACAUUGAGUUGUGCGUUAGUCAUUAUUCCUUGAAAUAAUACAGGAUGUAAUAGUUACGUAAUCCCCAAACAUCAGGGUUCACUGGUGGGCAGGAUUAAAGGGGCCAACCAGUGAAAUUGGGAAGCUUGGGAGGCCUGUAGUUAUGCUGGUUUAGAAUACCAUCACCAACUCUAUUAUCAGCUCGGCAACCCACAAUACUACCAGGCAAGUGCACAAAAACAUUUUCUUCAGAAAUAUUGAUAUUUAAUGAACGGCAUUUCUAUUUGUUAAAUUAUAAAUCCACAUAUAUUGUUGUAUAGACAAAAAUCGAGAGCUCUCAGAUGAUCUUAAAGAUAAAACAAUAUUUUAUUGUCUUGGCACAGAGUAAUAUUUUAGUCCAUGGUAGAUCUCAUUGAUAUCUGAUAUGGAUAAUUUUUUUUUUUUUAAAUUCUUUAUUUUUAUUGUGCAAGCAUUAACAACCAGCUUAUAUUGCCACGACAGCAGUCACAAGAACAUUAUCAUCAUACAGUUCUUAACAUGGCAGGUAGAGGGUCUGCACACUUUUAUAGUAUGGAGCAGAGUAAUCGCAUAGUCAGCAUGAGUGAAAAAAUAAAAAAAAUAAUAACAACAGAAACUGGAACGAACAUUUGUUAACACAGGGUAUACACAGGAAUAGCUAUGCACCAUUCGUGUUUUAAAACAUAACUUGUGCACCAGGAUCAAGUAAGUAUAUCGCUACAUGAACUAACAUGGACUAUGUCGAUCCGCUGGUAGCUUUUGGUUGACUGAAUAUAUUCUUAGUAUACAAUUCGUUACAUCUUAAGGUUUACGAUACUAUCUGCCUGCUGCAUGGUGAGUAUUUCUGGGUACCGGUAAUAUCUUAGAUCCUAUUCUGUUCUAAUUUUGAAAAGGCUCACUUAUUUAAAAGGAAAAAGUUCUAACAGAUAAAACACAGUGUACGUUUCAGGGUAUAACACAGAUUUAGUGGUAGUCGGAGCUAUGGUAGCAAAAUGCUCAUGCACAUUAGAAAUGUGUCGGUCGGUUAAUUAAUUAAAGGUGACGCGUCCAUGAGUGUCACCAGGGUAAUACUUGUUAUGUGGAAGCCGUUUGCCCCGAGAGCUAAUAGUAGUAAGAAUAGCAUAGUGCGGGCAUUUCUUGCCAAUUUAAGUAAUUCUCAUAUGAAUUGUUUGGGUAGUAUAUAGUAGAUAUAUAUAGGGUAUUAUCGGUAUGGGUGUAGUUAAAUAUAAGGGUGGCUCCGAUUUCACGAUGGUACCUUGGUUAGGCCUCAAGAGGUUCUCAUUUCCCCUCAAAAAGGGGUUCUAUGUGGUUUUGGAACUUGCAGAGGCUUUUAAAGCUUGUCAGAAUGCGCUUGAGCUAGGACCUGAUGCUUAAUACUGCACCUUAACGGCUAUGGUUAAACAGGAUACAGACUAUCAUGCGAAAUAGGCUAUGUUACAGCUUGCGGUGCGCUUCAGUUUGGGGCAUAACACAGGGGUAUUUAACAUUUUAAAGAAACUUUGCAUUAUAACUGAGUAACAUUAAUGGCUGCUAUUGGGGCUAGGUCGCCUCCUUAGUAGGGGGGUACGGCAGCCUCCUUGGGAAAAAUGGUCACUCCACUGCUUACGUGGGCUGGAGGCUGUAGCUAUGAUUGUCCAGUGCUCCUGGGGUUGUGGCAUGCGUAUGCUUCCAGCAGAGGGUGCAGUCUCUGAGAACAUGCAGCUGCCUGGGUAUCCGUGUCACCAUCCGAUGUCGUGUGGAAGCUCAGUGGUGCCUUGUGACGGUGAUCCGUGUCCCGUACUCAGUGGUCCAGGAGAGCAGCAGCUAAAAAGGGACACUGCUGGUGGCAGCGUUGAGUGCAUGUUGUACCCCCUUGAUGGCCUGGUGGAAAGCCAGGGACCCCUUGGGUGAUAUAGAGUGAUGACCUUAAGUGGUGACCACUGCGUAUGAAUUCGGGGUGGAGCCUUGAGGUAUGAAUGAGGUGACCCUUGCUGGGUUCCAGGUGUAGGUCAGGGAGCCGUUGUUGGGUGGCCCCUCCUGGGAGAGAGUCAUGCGGCAGGCCAAGAGUCUGCAGUAGGGCUGGAGCGUCUUGGAUAUCUUGUACGAUGUGCGUGUUCGUCCCCUGCAGUACUAUCAGGGUUCGGGAGGACCGCCAGCGGUAGUCAGUCUUGUAUAGUUGGAGCAUGGAGGUGAGAGGGCGUAGUGACCUCCGCCAGGCUAGAGUGCCGCUGGACAGGUCUGCAAAGAAGGCCAGCUCCAUGGCCUCAAAGAGGAAAGGGGUUUUACCUCGUAGGGCUGAGAGGACCACUGCCCUGUCCCUGCCGCUGUGGAAGGUGGCUAUUACAUCUCUCGUGCCGGUGGCCUGGGCCCUCAGUGGCUUGGGGACCCUGAAGCCCUCCUCUGGGGUAAUUGUUUUGCCUUGUCUGUGCGGCAGUAUUGCUGAUAGUAUGCGCCCCGUGACUUUCGGCAGCUCAGUGUCUGGUACCUCUUCAGGGACCCCUCUAAUUUUUAUGUUAUGUCUUCGCCUGGAGUCCUCUUGAGCCGCCAGGCGGCGUUAAUGUUGCAGGGUCUGCAAUUGUAGGUUCUGCAUGGUCUGUUGUAGCGUGGCUAUGUUCUGGGCUUGAGACUGUGAGCAUCCCUCCAGUUUCGUAAUGCGGCCUGUCAGGCAUCUUAAGUCCGCGCGUAGCGCCAUGACAUCCUCGUGGAUGUGUUUUUGCAGGUCUGCCAACAGUGCCUUUAGGACUGCCGUGGUUACCGGCUCUGAGCCCGCUCCUGUGCCACUUUGUUUCGCCAUCCGUAAUGGGGUGGGAGUCGGCUAGUCCUCCUCAUCCAUGUCUUCAGACAAUUCUUCGGAGAAGUCCGAGCAGCUGCCAUGCAGUGCGGCCAUGCUGGUUCCGCUGGCGCCUCGUGCUUGGCUCCACAUCUCCCCGAUCGUGAGCCCAGAGGUAGGCUUGUUUGGUGUCGUUUUUUUCCCUUUUCGCCCCAUGUAGUGUUAGGAUACACUUCAGUCGUUUUGUGUGGUGCUCGGAGCUACCUGCUCUUGCGACCGUUCUCCCUGAUAUGGAUAUUAAAUACGCAUUUUUUUCAUUUGCAAGCCCUGAGAGUACUUCAUUUUUGGGGGUGGGGGGGGGGCGUUAACAUGUGUUACUGAGAUGUGUGUAACAUUUAUAUGUUUAAAAACCCAAACAACCAUCCUUAAAAUAUGUAUAGAUUGAACUCCAUAAUCUGACAUGCAUUCAUAGUUAAAGGAACACUAUAGGCACCCUGACCACUUCAGCUCAUUUCAGCUUCAUGCGGCAUUUACUGCACAUGAGCAUUGGAGCCCCCUUGUCGCAGGACGUCUAAAGGGGGCGGAGCAUCGACCCAGCGUUGAGGUACAUCGACGCUGGGAUAAGGUAAGUAAAUAUAGUGUUUUUAACCCUCUAUUUGCUGGGGAUGGGGGGGGUGGGAGCUUGAGGGAGAGGAGAGGCAGUGGGAGCGAUAGUGCCAGGAACCUACAUUGCAUUUCACCACACUGCGUAAAAUCAUUGGACACUGUCAACAAUGCCGGAAUCCCAUACAUGCAAUAUAACAGUGCCUAGUCAAAGAGUAUCAGUAGUAUAAAAUUAAAUUCUUAUUCAUGCAUGUAGCAAACUAAACAUCACAUAGUACAGCAGAGCAUCAAUGUUGUAUUAAAGGCCCAUGACUGGUUAUGCCGUCAUAACCAUCUGUACUUUAAUGAUUCUAUCCUACAAUUGACUGAACCGCCAAGUUAAUGACUGCAGCAGGGCUGUAUAAACUUGUGAAUUCUAAAUAAUCAGGACAUUAUGCUCUACUCUGGCAUGUGGUAUUUAGGGAUCACACUGUGAAGAGAAUAAAAAAAUGACUACUUGGUAGUUAUGAGGGUAUUAGUGACACAGAAUCAUAGCUUGGAGGCAAAACACCAACAUUCUAACCACACACUAUGUAUUAAAUGCAUAGCACCGUAUGCUGCUGCUACCCAGAAAAAUAUAGAAACGUGAUAAACAGUUAUUGCACAUGUAGACACAAUGGACAUAUAUAUGUAUUCGGCAAAUAAUCGUAACAGUUAACUGCUGACCGCUCCCAGCCAAUGCACCCCUGUCCCAGUGACACUCCGCGCUUCCUGAAUCUGAAAAUUCAGAAGCAGGAUGCUGCCUGGGGAGGAGUUGAGACCAGCGCUGAAGAUAACUGGGGGAUUUAACUGCUCGAAAUCAGUGUAACCCCUUGAGGUAAGCGUGCUUCUGGGGGCCUCCAGGCACCAUAACAAAUUCACUUAGAUUGAGUUAUAGUGGUGCCUGGGGAGUCUAUUUAAUAAACAAGACACUUUAUACUUUAGAAAUAACAUUUCAAGAAUCCAUAGGCAGUCAGUUUUCAUGAUUUUUCUUUUUUAAACUGACUUAACCCCUAAAGGACCAAACUUCUGGAAUAAAAGGGAAUCAUGACAUGUCACACAUGUCAUGUGUCCUUAAGGGGUUAAAGGGAUUCUAUAGUGCCAGGAAAACAAAGUCGUUUACCUGGCACUAUAGAAUCCUACAGUACACCCCUCCCUUGUGUACCCAGAAGUCCAUCUCGUGGUUGUCUGGUAGCCUGCCACUAGAGGAGGAGUUAACCCUGCAAUAAUUACCACUGUAGGGUUAAGGGACAUCGGACUUCAAUGAACUGUAGUGGUCUGGGUGCCUACAGUGUCCCUUUAACACAAACCAGCACAAAUAGCACUCCUCUUGCGCACACCUCUACCUACAGUAUAACUCAAGAAAUGGUUAUUAGAUCAUCUUAGUCAUAAUUACAGAAAGAAUUGGCAUUGGCGGAAAGUAAGAGACUUCUUUUAAACUUUAGUCCUUUCUUUCAGCAUAAAGAAAUCUUAUCGGCCUACAACUGCGAGGACCUUUCGCUGCUAUCGUUUGCAAUGUGAGGCUUAUUAAAUUAUGGAACAGAUUUAUGGAAAUGUAAUGAAUUGGAGGGAAGUUGCUUCUCUUAAAAGUUAUAAAGCAGCUGCCAUUCCUAAAUAUACUUCAGGUAACCAUGGCAACAGAGUCUGUCACUAAAAUAAUGUACUUUGCUGAUAAAAGAGGAAGACUUUUUUGUUAAAAAUGCAGCUGACAGAUCACUACAGUGAGAACAAGAAUGACUUCAUCGCAGUGGGAUGCCCAGACGAGCAGGAAGAUAUGUACAAUCCACAUACAUAUUAUCUAUGAUUAAAGCGCUAAUGCUCGCGUCCCUGAGAACAUUCAUUUGGCUUAAUGUGGGUAGUAAAGUAUAUUGAAACAAAAGGCUGCAGACUGCUAUUUCGCUAAUACGUGAUCAUCACCGUAAAGGAACGCUCCAGUCAACUAAAGGACUUCAGCUUGCUGAACUGUUUUAGGGGUUAACUGCAGGUCCCCUUUGCAUUAUUUUAUAAAAGUAUGAAUAUUAAGGGAAAUUGACACAUUUAUAAAAGUCCUUUGUUGCCACACUGACCGCAGUCCACUCUUUCAAAUACUUGGGUAUGAUGUUAGACCCCAAUCUAUCUUUUGGCCUGCACAUAGAAAAGCUUGCAUCUAAACUUUAUCCAAAACUAGGUGCCCUGUACAGAAACAAAUCCUGCCUAAGCCCUACAGUAAAGGAAAAGAUUGUACUGCAAAUGCUGAUGCCAAUCAUUGAUUAUAGGGAUGUAGUAUAUGCACCUGCACCGCAAUCCCACCUUAAUAAACUCAAUACAUUGUAUAACUCGUUCUGCCGAUUUGUGCUACAAUGUAAUUACAGGACCCACCAUUGUUAUAUGCUAAAAGAACUAAACUGGCUGUCGCUGGAAUCCAGACGCACCCUUCAUCUUUCCAGCCUUGUGUUUAAGAGCUUUUCUGGGAAGCUCCCACCCUACCUGAACACAAUGCUUUCCUCAGCUGUUCCUACUUCCUAUAACAUCCAAUCCAGUACCAACACUUUACUUAGUCUACCUCAAUACAAAAAGAAAGCAGCCCGAUCCUCCUUCUCCUACAGAGCACCGCAAUUGUGGAACGACCUCCCGCACAAUUUAAAAUCUGCCCUAAGCCUAAAGUCCUUUAAGAGAUCCCUCUCUAAAUACCUCAAAACAGAAUUCACCUGUCAUGGCUGAUUAUAUAUUUCCUGCGUGUUCUAUGUUAAAUAUUGUAUUUAGUGUGUAUUAAUAUUGUUUUUGUAUUUUAUUGUACCCUAAUUGUAACAAUGCAAUGAUUUGUGGACCGAGGACAUACUUGAACACGAGAGAAAUCUCAAUGUAUCUUUCCUGGUAAAAUAUUUUAUAAAUAAAAUAUUUUAUAAAUAAAUCAGACAGCCGGAAGAGUUUCUUGUCUCACAAGCAAUGAAGGGUUUCCUCUCUCACUAGCUAAGAAUGCUCUUUCAAAGAGGAAGAUAAUCUCUGUGAGAAGCCUUGAACUGGACCCAAGAUCAUUAAUUACCACUAUCUUAGUGGAGGAACGGGCUGUGGCUAGGAGCCCAUCUUGCAACUGGUAAAAGGUGAAUUUACUCUAUUUCUUACUAGUACAGGGGUAAGGCCAUAGGUCUAAAAUAUCUGAUGUUCUGGAGCAUUUUGAUGUUCUAGAGCACAAAUAUUUGUGUGUAGUCUUGAUAAACUUUUUAAAGGACUAAUUGCGUAGAGUAUGAAAUCAGCACUUCAAUCUCCCGCAAACUCAAAUGCCCUUUUCAUACUUUUAACUCUCUUCUGCGCCCUGUCGCUCCUCAUUCUCCUACCAACUUGACCGCCACAAACUCUUCACUCUUCAAACACGCAACCAUAAUCCCAGUUCUGAAAAAGCACAACCUUAUUCCUAACUCCCCAUCGAACUGCUUCCCUAUCUUGCAACUUUCACUUGCCUAUAAGCUCUUUAAAAAGGUUGUCUACGCAAUAUUGUCUGACUUCCUCGAAUCCAACUCUCUGCUUGAUCUGCUUCAGUCUGGAUUCUGCUCUCAUCGCUCUGUCAAAACAGCUCUGACCAAAGUAUCCAAUGAUUUAAUUGCUGCAAAGUCUCGUGGUCAAUAUUCUAUUCUAAUUCUCCUUGACCUCUCUGCGACUUUUGACACUGUUGAUCAUCAACAGCUUCUUCUCAUUGUCCGUAAAGUCAGUCUGCAAGAUACUGCACUCUCCUGGUGCUCCUCUUACCUCUCCCAGAGCUUUUUCAGUAUUUCUUUCUCUGACUCUGCCUCUUCUCCCUAACCACUCUCUGUUGGUGUUCCCCAAGGUUCUGUUCUUGGUCCCCUAUUGUUCUCAAUCUAUACUGGCUCCCUUGGUAAACUCAUCAGCUCCUUUGGCUUCCAGUAUAAUUUCUAUGUGGUUGACACUCAAGUCUAUCUGUCCUCUACUGAUCUCUCUUUCCCUCUUGUCUCAUGUCUCUGACUGCCUCUCUGCUAUUUGUAACUGGAUGGCUGCUCAGUUCCUUAGUCUUAACGUGUCCAAAACAGAACUUCUUGUCUUUCCUUCUCAAGUGUUGCUACUAACAUGACUGUUUCCCUCCAAGUCAACAGCGCUACCAUCAGAUUUUCACCACAGGCUCACUGCCUAGGUGUUCUCUUCAACUCCAACCUCUCCUUCACCCUCCAUGUCCAGUUGAUCGACAAAUCCUGCCGCUUCCGUCUCAAAACUAUAGCGUGCAUCCCUCCUAUUUAAUGUCCGAUGUGGCUACCCCUCUCUGUCUCAUUAGAGAUAUUCUUUUGCCUUAAGCUGAUGCAAGCAAGUUGAAUUGUUAGUGUAUGAUUGGAGUGGAACUAAAAACCUCCAUAUAUAUAUAAAUAUGCACAGGGAUUUGGAAUAGUGCGCAAGUGACUUUUUUCUAAGGUGCUGGUCAAUGCCACUAUCCUCUAACGCCUUGACUACCACAAACCACUUCUCAGUGGUCUUACGUGCACCCAACUUGCCCCAUUGAGUCUAUAAUGAAUACGGUGGCGAGGCUCAUCUUCCUGUCUGCCCUCACCUCCCACGCCUCACCUCUAUGUCAGUAUCUGCAUUGGCUUUCUGUAAGAUAUAGGUCUCAAUUUAAAUUCGGGUUCUUGCAUUCAGAUCUCUACAUAAUGCUGCUCCUAACUACCUAUCCUCUGUAAUAUACAAGUAUAUCCGUCUAGGCCCCUACACAUUGCCGAAGACCUACGUCUAUGCUCUGACUAUACAGGGAGUGCAGAAUUAUUAGGCAAGUUGUAUUUUUGAGGAUUAAUUUUAUUAUUGAACAACAACCAUGUUCUCAAUGAACCCAAAAAACUCAUUAAUAUCAAAGCUGAAUAUUUUUGGAAGUAGUUUUUAGUUUGUUUUUAGUUAUAGCUAUGUUAGGGGGAUAUCUGUGUGUGCAGGUGACUAUUACUGUGCAUAAUUAUUAGGCAACUUAACAAAAAACAAAUAUAUACCCAUUUCAAUUAUUUAUUAUUACCAGUGAAACCAAUAUAACAUCUCAACAUUCACAAAUAUACAUUUCUGACAUUCAAAAACAAAACAAAAACAAAUCAGUGACCAAUAUAGCCACCUUUCUUUGCAAGGACACUCAAAAGCCUGCCAUCCAUGGAUUCUGUCAGUGUUUUGAUCUGUUCACCAUCAACAUUGCGUGCAGCAGCAACCACAGCCUCCCAGACACUGUUCAGAGAGGUGUACUGUUUUCCCUCCUUGUAAAUCUCACAUUUGAUGAUGGACCACAGGUUCUCAAUGGGGUUCAGAUCAGGUGAACAAGGAGGCCAUGUCAUUAGAUUUUCUUCUUUUAUACCCUUUCUUGCCAGCCACGCUGUGGAGUACUUGGACGCGUGUGAUGGAGCAUUGUCCUGCAUGAAAAUCAUGUUUUUCUUGAAGGAUGCAGACUUCUUCCUGUACCACAGCUUGAAGAAGGUGUCUUCCAGGAACUGGCAGUAGGACUGGGAGUUGAGCUUGACUCCAUCCUCAACCCGAAAAGGCCCCACAAGCUCAUCUUUGAUGAUACCAGCCCAAACCAGUACUCCACCUCCACCUUGCUGGCGUCUGAGUCGGACUGGAGCUCUCUGCCCUUUACCAAUCCAGCCACGGGCCCAUCCAUCUGGCCCAUCAAGACUCACUCUCAUUUCAUCAGUCCAUAAAACCUUAGAAAAAUCAGUCUUGAGAUAUUUCUUGGCCCAGUCUUGACGUUUCAGCUUGUGUGUCUUGUUCAGUGGUGGUCGUCUUUCAGCCUUUCUUACCUUGGCCAUGUCUCUGAGUAUUGCACACCUUGUGCUUUUGGGCACUCCUGUGAUGUUGCAGCUCUGAAAUAUGGCCAAACUGGUGGCAAGUGGCAUCGUGGCAGCUGCACGCUUGACUUUUCUCAGUUCAUGGGCAGUUAUUUUGCGCCUUGGUUUUUCCACACGCUUCUUGCGACCCUGUUGACUAUUUUGAAUGAAACGCUUGAUUGUUCGAUGAUCACGCUUCAGAAGCUUUGCAAUUUUAAGAGUGCUGCAUCCCUCUGCAAGAUAUCUCACUAUUUUUGACUUUUCUGAGCCUGUCAAGUCCUUCUUUUGACCCAUUUUGCCAAAGGAAAGGAAGUUGACUAAUAAUUAUGCACACCUGAUAUAGGGUGUUGAUGUCAUUAGACCACACCCCUUCUCAUUACAGAGAUGCACAUCACCUAAUAUGCUUAAUUGGUAGUAGGCUUUCGAGCCUAUACAGCUUGGAGUAAGACAACAUGCAUAAAGAGGAUGAUGUGGUCAAAAUACUCAUUUGCCUAAUAAUUCUGCACUCCCUGUACACCUACCUCUCAUGCUGGCUUUCAAGAAUUCUCGAGGGCUGCACCGUUCCUGUGGAACUUAGAAACAUAGAAACAUAGAAUGUGAUGGCAGAUAAGAACCAUUCGGCCCAUCUAGUCUGCCCAAUUUUCUAAAUACUUUCAUUAGUGCCUAGCCUUAUCUUAUAGUUAGGAUAGCCUUAUGCCUAUCCCACGCAUGCUUAAACUCCUUUACUGUGUUAACCUCUACCACUUCAGCUGGAAGGCUAUUCAAUGCAUCCACUACCCUCUCAGUAAAGUAAUACUUCCUGAUAUUUUUUUUAAACCUUUGUCCCUCUAAUUUAAGACUAUGUCCUCUUGUUGUGGUAGUUUUUCUUCUUUUAAAUAUAGUCUCCUCCUUUACUGUGUUGAUUCCCUUUAUAUAUUUAAAUGUUUCUAUCAUAUCCCCCCUGUCUCGUCUUUCCUCCAAGCUAUACAUGUUAAGAUCCUUUAACCUUUCCUGGUAAGUUUUAUCCCGCAAUCCAUGAACCAGUUUAGUAGCCCUUCUCUGAACCCUCUCUAAGGUAUCAAUAUCCUUCUGAAGAUACGGUCUCCAGUACUGUAUACAAUACUCCAAGUGAGGUCUCACCAGUGUUCUGUACAGUACUUCUACUGCUAAUACCUCUCCCUAUACAACCAAGCAUUCUGCUAGCAUUUCCUGCUGCUCUAUUACAUUGUCUGCCUACCUUUCCUCAAUUGUUGAGGUUAGGACUCUAUCAAAUAUUCUGUACUCUGCCCUUGGGUUUUUACGUCCAAGAUGCAUUAUCUUGCACUUAUCCACAUUAAAUGUCAGUUGCCACAAUUCUGACCAUUUUUCUAGUUUACCUAAAUCAUUUGCCAUUUGGCUUAUCCCUCCUGGAACAUCAACCCUGUUACAUAUCUUAGUAUCAUCAGCAAAAAGACAUACCUUACCAUCAAGACCUUCUGCAAUAUCACUAAUAAAAAUAUUAAAGAGAAUGGGUCCAAGUACAGAUCCCUGAGGUACCCCACUGGUGACAAGUCCAAGCUUCGAAUAUAUUCCAUUAACUACAACCCUCUGUUGCCUGUCACUCAGCCACUGCCUUACCCAUUCAACAAUAUUGGAAUCCAAACUUAAAGAUUGCAGUUUAUUGAUAAGCCUUCUAUGUGCAACAGUGUCAAAAGCCUUACUGAAAUCUAGGUAAGCAAUGUCUACUGCACCACCCUGCUCUAUAAUUUUAGUUACCCAAUCAAAAAAAUCAAUAAGAUUAGUUUGGCAUGAUCUCCCUGAAGUAAACCCAUGUUGUCUCUGAUCUUGAAAUCCAUGUGUUUUUAGAUGUUCAACAAUCCUAUCCUUUAACAUGGUUUCCAUCACUUUCCCCACUACUGAAGUAAGGCUUACUGGCCUAUAGUUGCCCGACUCCUCCCUAUUACCUUUCUUGUAAAUGGGCACAACAUUCGCUAACUUCCAAUCUUCUGGGACUACUCCUGUUAACAAUGAUUGGUUAAAUAAAUCUGUUAAUGGUUUUGCUAGUACACCACUAAGCUAUUUUAAUAGCUUUGGGUGUAUUCCAUCAGGUCCCAUUGACUUAUUUGUCUUUACUUUUGACAGUUGAAAUAGAACCUCUUCCUCUGUAAACUCACGUGUAAUAAAUGACUCAUUUAUCCUUUUUUCUCAACUGAGGUCCUUUUCCUUCAUUUUCAUCUGUAAAUACAGAACAAAAAUAUUCAUUGAAGCAGUCAGCUAGACCUUUUUCCUCUUCUACAUACCUUCCUUCUUUUGUUUUUAAUCUAACUAAUCCUUGUUUUACUUUUCUUUUCUCAUUUAUGUAUCUUAAAAAUGUUUUGUCCUCCUUUUUUACUGACUGUGCUAUUUUCUCUUCUGUCUGUGAUUUGGAAGCUCUUAUAACUUGCUUAGCUUCUUUCUGCCUAAUCUUAUAGAUCAUUUUGUCUUCCUCACUCUGGGUUUUUUUAUAAUUCCUAAAUGCUAACUUUUUGUUUUUAACUAUUUUGGCCACAUCUGUGGAGUACCACAGUGGUUUCUUGAAUUUUUUUGCUUUUACUGACAAGCCUAAUGCAAUUUUCUGUUGCCUUCAAUAGUGCAACUUUUAAAUAAUCCUAUUUCUCUUGGACUCCAUUUAAAUUGCUCCAGUCUGAUAAUGACUCCUCUACCCAUAUUCUAAUUUUAGAAAAGUCUGUUUUUCUAAAGUCUAAAACUUUUGUUUUUGUGUGGUGUGACUCAGUCACUGUUCUUAUAUUAAACCACACUGACUGAUGAUCACUGGAUCCUAAACUUUCACCUCCAGUAAUAUCUGAUACCAAAUCUGCAUUUGUUAACACUAAAUCUAGUAUGACCUCUUUACGAGUUGGCUCUUCAACAACUUGUUUUAGAGACAAUCCCAGUAGUGAGUUUAGAAUAUGCGUGCUCCUGGCACACGUAGCUAAUUUUGUUUUCCAAUUUACAUCAGGAAGAUUAAAGUCACCCAUGAUGAUAACUUCCUCCUUCAUUGUCAUUUUAGCUAUUUCCUCAACUAGUAGAUUAUCUAACUCUUCUAUUUGUCCUGGGGGCCUAUAAAUCACACCUACUCGAGUUACUGUGUGAUUACCAAAUUCUAACGUAACCCAAACGGACUCUAUGUUUGUCUCACUAACUUUUAUUAGGCUAGAUUUUAUGCUAUCCUUUACAUACAGGGCCACCCCUCCCCCUUCUUGCCUUCCCUGUCUUUUAUAUAUAAAGAGUACCCUGGUAUUGCUAUGUCCCAGUCAUUUUUCUCGUUAUACCAUGUCUCAGUAACAGCGACUAAAUCUACACUAUCAGUUGCCAUUAUUGCCACAAGUUCAUUGAUCUUUUUCCCUAAACUGCGAGCAUUUUGUGGACAUGAUUCUAAGCUUAUCAUUUUUUAACACACUUGCUACAGGCACCUUCUGUCCUUGUUUUGGGGGACAAUUGGAUUGAUGUUUUAUCACCCUUUUACCUCCCCUCCCCCUCCUAGUUUAAAUACAUCCUAGCAAAACCUCUGAACUGCUCACUGAGAACAUUUGUUCACUUUUGAGAAACCAUCUUUUUUGUACAGCUUAUUUCCAUUCCAAACAGAGCUACCAUGAGAAAUAAAGCCAAAUCCUUGCUCCCGACACCAUUCACCAAGCCACAAAUUAAAGUCCCUAAUACGCAUCCGCCUGUCAUUCUGAAUGUUAUGCACAGGCAGAACUUCAGAGAAUGACAGUGUGGAAGCAACCUGCUGUAUAUCAUUGGCAAAAAUACUAAAAACUUCCUUAACCUCUGAAACCUCAUUGCAAGCCAUGUCAUUUAUCCCUAGAUGGACAAGUACAUCCAAUUCCCCUUCCUGCUUUGCUUGUUUAACAAUAUUACAGAUAUGUCUCCUGUCUCUGUGAGCAGUAGCUCCGGGAAGACACCUCACAAGACCACCAUUGUCCAUCUCCACACCUCUUAUGAUCGAAUACCCCAACAACAACUGCUUUCUAUUAGGCCUCACCAUAGUCUCCAAGCCGGUCUCCACAACACCACUAGCCUCAGUGCCUCUCUCCACAAAACCACUAGCCUCAGUGCCUCUCUCCACAACACCACUAGCCUCAGUGCCUCUCUCCACAACACCAUUACACUCUGAAAGUGCAGAAAAUGAAUUAUGUAGAGCAACAGACUGUGCAAAAUGCCUUUUAUCCACGACUCUAAGUCUACCAGAUCCUACAGUAAUCCAUCUGCCAUUCCUAGUAUGUCUCUGCGGCAGUGGCUUUGCAGCAGUUCAAGUCUGAGUUUGUUCACCAGAUAAUUUACAAAUCUCAGACUUCAAAAAUACUAUCUCCUGCCGCAAGAUAGAGAACUGUCUACAGAUUAGACAUCAACCAAAUCUCCAAAAAGUAGAAUGUGAAACAAAUGCAUAGCAACUAUUACACUGAACUAAGUCUGCCAUUCCAAUGAGGAAAAUAAUUUAACUCACACUCCCUUCCCUUCUCCGUUAGACGCUCACCUAGUCUCCACUCCUUCAAAAAAUAAUUGAAAACUCACUUCUUGAGGAAAGAAUAUCAAUUAAACUGUUAAUAGCUUUGCCUCACACAACCAGAUUUCUGUCCUGCAACUGUCAUAACUAUUUAUAUAUAUAUAUAUAUAAAUAUAACACUAAGCCCUCAGUGAAUACUAUCCUAGCAACCUACUUUUCUAACUUACCUUUUGUGUCACUUUACCGCACUCCUUCUAGCAUGUAAGCUCAUUGAGCAGGGUCCACAACCCCUCUGUUCCUGUGCGUCAAACUUGUCUGGUUACAAAUACGUGUCUAUUAGUCCACCCAUUGAACAGCGCUACGAAAUUUGUGGGCACUUUAUAAAUAAUAAAAUAAUAAUAAUCCGUAGUCUGAGUGGAAUAUAUGGAGGUGUCGGAUCUAGCUAUUAUCUAAGGCACUUAUUGGAGCCCUUUGAGUGGCACAAGAGCUAAUAUCAUGGAGAGCUUGUCAGCGGCGAAUUAAAUCUCAUGACAGGGCUCGUAAGGAAUGAGAUUUAACUUGAUGGUUUAGCACAGCUUUAUUUCAUCAGUCACUUUUAUUCGAGCAGAGCCUUUCCUAUAUAUAGCAUGCUUUAAAGAAUCACCGAAGGUGGUUGGUUCCUAAUUUCAGCAUACAGGUAGCGGACAUUUACAGCUGGGGACAAUACGACUUCUUUUUGUUUGGAUUACAUGCUUAAAAAUACGUUCUAUGGUUUCUUCUUUGGGUGCUCUGUUUGUGCUGCUGUUUCAAGCUUACUGACUCCCAGGAGCUGCCGCUAUGCUCAUGUGAUUGUUGCCCCUUUUUGUAUAUGUGGCUGUUUUGCCGCUUUAUUAAUUGCUGCUCUGCAGUACGUGUAUUUUAAUUUUAUUUUAAUCUGUGUUGGUGUUAAUAUGUUUUUAUAUUUUGCAUUGAAUAAAAUAGUGUAAGAGAAUCGGUUUAUACCCAUGACUGCUGCGAUGCACCCUGACUAUCUGGAAAUACAUGCCAAGUAAACUUUCUAUGGGUGCCAGUAUUCACGGGACAGCAGCUUUCAUUUCAUUUUAUAGAAUGAGGACCUAGUUUCAUAUUCUUAUUAAAAAACGUCGUAAACAUUCCUUAUACACUUUUAUUGUAUUCCGUUUCAGAUUCUUUCUAAGUUUGAAUAAUACUUGCCUGUAGCCUGGACCCUCUUGCAGGAAAAGGGAUGAAAAUUGUGUUCAUGAUUUUUGUAUUUUUUUGACAGUUAUGCUUUUCCCGUCUUUUUCUUAAAUUAAGCCCAUGUGUUUGUUUGUUAUAUUAGGAAAGAAAAGUCUUUAAACAGCAGUUUCCUCUGCUCAAGCAGAAAUUCACUCCCUCCCUCUCCGUCAUUAAAAAUCCCUUUCAGCGUGAUGCUGUUUUAGUCAGCAAAUAUAUGUGGCUUCAAAACUGGCUUUGCAGGACAGUUAAAGGGACACGCCGUGCAACAAAUGUGCAAGGAUGAAUCUACAUAAGUAUAAAUCAACUUGAUUUCAUCACAUGGUACCUGAUGUAUAUUUGUUUUUCUCAAGAUAGCAAAAUAAAUAAAAAAUAUAUAAAAUUCUCAACAAACAAAAUUACUUGUUCAAUUUUAGCAUCCACUCUUGGGAGAUAGAUUCAUAGCUUCCUGAGUUUGGCAAGAAAGUCCUGACUUUGAACUCUUGUUUUCCCGUCAUGGAUAUGCAUUCAAGCGAACCACUUCUAGGUACACCAGAAACAUGUCCUGUUUUAUUCCAAUGGAGAUACUGACAAAACCUGGACUGUUGGUGGUCCAUGAGGACUGGGUUGGGGAACACUGCUUUAGAGAGCAGCGAAAGUGCAUAAUUAAACACAUUUUUACUGCUCUCACUUGGGAUAUGUACCAAAUUAUUAUUUUAUUAUUAUUAAUUUAUUAUUUAUAUAGCACCAGCAAAUUCCGUAGCGCUGCACAUAUAACAGCAUGUCAGCAGGAGUCAAGUGUUGGGGAACUUUGGGUGACUCCACAGACUGGUGCACUCCUGUUUGGGUGACGUGAAUCCUUAAUGACGCAAUAAUGCAAAGUGCUUAUGGUACUUAGACUGAACAUUAAGUGAGUAAUCCUAAUAGGAUAAAAUCCCAGGAAGUCACUGUUCAAGUCAGUAAAAUGUAUAAUUGACAAAAACUAAAAUAUAAGCUUGCAAUUUAUUACGAAAAAUGUCCACAGCUUGCUCUCUCUGUAUUGAAAGUGCUAACGUAACUUUGAGAGGCGAAAGUAUUUAAGAAUAUUUAAGUAUGUAUCUAAAUUUUGUUGGAAUAGUAUUGUGCGGUUAUUGAAAACACUAUAAAUAUGAGGAAUUGGAGAAGCAAGAGAUUUAAUGAAGUGUGUAUCUUCUGGGAAUGCCUACGUCUUGCAAACUAGGGGGACAUAUUAUUCCAUGCACACUGGGUAACCCAGAGCGCAACAUAGAAGCUGGCAAUAGUUUAUCGCCCGAAGCCCUGAUAUGACCUUCCCACUGGUGCAGCCUUUCUGGCUGAUUUAGCUUUCUGAUAAAAAAAAAACGCCUGUUCUCUCUGCCAUUUUAUGAAGCUGUGCUGUGUAUGUGAUUCAUGGGCACAGCUGGAGAGCUCAGACUAUCCACAGGGCUGAACAUUUUACUGGAAGAAACUGCAUGCAAAUUAAAUGCUUGUGUAAGUUCUCAACCUUUAUUUAUUUAUUUGUUUGUUUUUCUUUCGCCUGUACAAGUGGCUUGUUUACCACAGAUGUGCGAUGUUUGGAAAUGUUAAAUGGAUUAGGUUUAAGGGGUUCUAAUUACAGAACGGUUGAGUUCUAACAGUUAAUUCUUUUGUAGAAAAUCAUUUCAAGGUGAUGUUAAAAAUUUUUUUUUUUUAAAUGCUUUGGUAUAGAAAAAAUGAAGCUAACUUUUAUAUGUUUUCUAAUAAAGCUUAGAUGUAUACUUUUGUUUCAUAGAUUAAAAAAAUGUCAAAAAAGAAUACUUUGCUAUAGAAAAAAGUUAACUUUUAUAUGUUUUCUAAUAAAGCUUAGAUGUAUACUGUUAUCUAAUAGAUUAAAAAAAUAAAAAAUACAGCAUAAUACUUUUAUAUCUUUUCUAAUAAAGCUUAGAUAUAUACUGUUGUUUAAUAUGUUAUCAGUAAUCAUUAGUAAUGUAAUGCCAACAUUAUACAGAGCUUUUACUACUAAUGAUUCAUCAAAGUAAUCAUAGACUGUUGUCUGACUCCAUUCUGUGCUGUGUGCGUAAAUACAAAUUAUGAAUGAGAUUGAUUCUUCUCUUUAAAUACUGAUUAUCACAUACAGCGUUCCAUCUAAGAACAUUUUAUGGGGAGUCCAACUCCGGAAAUAUUAUAAAAAGAAUCUUUAGAACACACUGUAGCUUGCAAUAGAGGUAAAUGCAUGAGUUUGUGUUAUAGGUUCAUUUUGUAAAUGUUUUACUGCUUAACUGCUCACAAAACGUGCUUAGUGCGAACUAUUUUCAAAUAUUUACCAACAAAGGAAAAUCGCAACUGAGAUGAAGGUGAUAAUUAGGUAUUCACUAAACAGUGAACUAAAAACAGAAUGCUAAAUGCAGGCCAAAAAACCCCCAAAACAAAUCCUGAUUUGGAAAAAUUCUCCAAGUACGCUAUAAUCACAAUAUUUUACAAUCCUGUGUUUUUUAAAUCACUGUAACUCUAUGUUUAGUAAAUAGACCCCAUUGCAUGUUAAUAAGCCUGACAUACCAUUGGUUCACAAGGUGUUGAACUUUGCAUUGUCAAUCAGUCAGCAGGAUUUGUGUGUAUGUGUAUACAUCAGCAAAUGUACAUGCUUUCUCCUGGUGAUCCCUAGUGGGACCUCAGACAGUUGUCUGAUGUAACUGUAGACAAGCGGUUAUGUCCGAGUAAAGCUUUUUAAUUUAUUGUGUACAUGUUCAUGUAAUAUAAUUUAGUGACAUUUUAAUUUUGUUUCCAAUCAAAGUGACAUUAAAGAGACACUAUAGUUACCAGAACCACUACAGCUACGGCUAGUAACACCUCUAGUGGCAGUCACUCAGACAGCCACCAGAGGUGCUUCCUGUAUCAGUGCUACACAGUGUGCAGCACCUGCGUUCAGCGUCUCCAUGCUUUGAAAGGACGCGCUAAACGUUAUCCAUAGUGAUGCCCUGUUUAAUGCAUCUCUAUGAUGAGAUACGAUAAAGAAUUGGAUUGGCUGAGAUCAUCAGCAAUGUAUGCGGGACAAGCUGUGGCAAGAUCGGCACGACGUGGGAGUAAGGUGAGUAAAAUUCAAUUUUAUCUCUGGAGAGAGAGAGGGCAGAGACCUAAUGCUACAUUCUAGCAAUAUAGUGUCAGGAACAUGUUUGUAUUCCCAGCACUGUAGUUUUUUUUAAGCUUUAACUUUAACUUUUAAUUAUUUGAUUGAAGCAGAGAUAAACACUCAUUGAGGCUUGAGUGCUCUUUGGCAAGGUUGUGAUUUUGCAGACAUAUAUUGUUGUUUAUUCAUUAAACAUUGCAUUGUAAUGAAUUAAAAAUGGAAUUGCAACAUUUAGGCUAAAAAAGCCAGUAACUGAGUUUGGUUUUCAAAUCACUACAAUUCAGUGUAUGGUGAAUACACCUCAUUUUUAUUAUACACAUUGGCCAAAUCGCUCUGUUCGAUGGGUCUGUAGAGAGCAUGUAUGUGUGUGUCAGUGAGCAUGUCUGCAGUAAGGAUGUAUGUGUUGGUCAGUGAGCAUGUCUUUAGUAAGUAUGUAUGUGUGUCAGUGAGCACGUCUGUAGUGAGCAUGUAUGUGUGUGUCAGUGAGCAUGCCUGUAGUGAGCAUGUAUGUGUGUGUCAGUGAGCAUGUCUGUAGUAAGCAUGUAUGUGUGUUUCAGUGAGCAUGUCUGUAGUAAGCAUGUAUGUGUGUGUCAUUGAGCACGUCUGUAAUAAGCAUGUAUGUGUGUGUCAGUAAGCACAUCUGUAGUAAGCAUGUAUGUGUGUGUCAAUGAGCAUGUCUGUAGUAAGCAUGUUUUUGUCAGUGAGCUUGUAAUGAGCAUGCGUGUGUCAGUGAGCUUGUCUGUAGUGAGCAUGUGUGUGUCAGUGAGCUUGUCUGUAGUGAGCAUGUGUGUGUCAGUGAGCUUCUCUGUAGUGAGCAUUUUUGUGUGUGUGUGUGUGUGUGUCAAGGAGUUUGUUUGUACUAAGUUUGUGUGUACCUGUAAGCUUGUCUGUAUUUGUCGAUUAUCUUUUGUGUGUCAGUGAGAUUGUCUGUCUGUGAGCCUGUGUACCAGUGAACUUUAUGCUUGUGUCAAUGAGAUUGUCUGUGCCUGCAUGUGAGUAUGCUUACUUUUUACUAAUAUUUAUAAUUAAAAAAGGAACAUACCAAUGACAAAAGUAUAUAUUUAUAUAUCCUUUAGUGAGAAUGUUAAAUAUUUGUUUUUAACAUUUAAAAUAUGGCUACUUCUUGCUACCCCGAUUGAGUAAUUCUAAUUCAUAAACAUAGACUUUUAAUAUAUAUAUAUAUAUAUAUAUAUAUAUAUGUGUGUAUAUAUAUAUAUAUAUAUAUAUACACACACACACACACACACACACACACACACACACAAACACUACCGUGGCACAGUGACUUAGUGGGCUGGCAAAUUUUUUUUUUCCAGGGCUGCUUUGCAUUCCCAUUCCAGCCCUGGCUCUACAUGGAGAUGCUGAAUGCUAUCCACAGAGAUGUAUUGAAUCAUUGCAUCUGUAUGAAGAGAUGCUAAUUGUCACACCGGCACAUUAGUUAAUUGAGGCUUGCAGUGUGUAUAAUACAAUGAUAUUUUCUAGCAUUAUAUAACUGACAAGUCUCCCACUGCUUUCCCUAUGGGGAAGCAUUGGCUGACAUCAUCAAGAGUGACAGAAUAGUGCAAAUAUGAAGGUGUUUCAUUCAGGAGAACAAAAUUAUAUACAACGUUCCAGCGACAAGCCUUAAUCAUGUAGGCUUGACGCUGAAACGUUGUAUAUAAUUUUGUUCUCCUGAUCCUGAAUAAAACUCCUUCCUGUUUGCACUAUUCUGUGAACCAUUUGUAAUUGAUUUUAAAUACUUCUAAAGGACUGUGGAUCCCUCUCAUGGUGCUGCAGGUGUGAUUGCGGACUCUAUUGGGUUUCCUGAAUGCAACACUACCUUUGAAAUUGGAUCAUCAAGAUUAAAUGGAGACUGGUCAUCCAAGCACUAUAGUGUCACAGAGACGUUUCCUAUUCCUAAUGUGUUCCUUUAAAUUAAACAUAAGGCCUCAGACUUGCAAUUGUUUCUUAGCUUUUUAUUUAAAGGUGUGCAUAAUACAUUCUAAGGUAUGGUCUGAAAAUCAUGAAAUUUAACUGCACUGGGUUAGCACUAGACAACUUAAUUGGUAAUGUAUGACUUGUCAAUUUGAUAUUUUGUAAGUAAAGAUUAGUGGGAAAUGAAAGAAAAAUACAUUUAGUUUGAUGAAUAUAAAUAAUUAUCCAUUGUGACUAUAUUCUUGCUAGCUUUCUACAAAUAACAAGACUUUAAAGGUGCACUAUAGGCACCAAAACAACUUUAGCUUAAUUAAGCAGUUGUGGUGUAUAGAUCAUGCCCUUGCAGUCUCACUACUAAAUCCUCUGCCAUUUAGGAGUUAAAUCACUUUGUUGAUACAGCCCUAGUCACACCUCCCUGCACAGCCUUCCUAAACACUUCCUGUAAAGAGACAUCUAAUGUUUACACUUCCCUUAUUACAAAUUAUGUUUAUUUUAGAAUUUCUUAUUUCCUGCCCUCUUUAAAGCUUGCUAGACCGUACAUGAGCGCCCCGUAUGUAAUUAAAGUUCAAUUUACAGAGCUGGAGAUAACACACUUUUAAAGUAAGUUACAUUGGAUUGAAAAUGAACAUGUUUUUUUACAUUUAGACAGUGUCAGUCACAGCCAGAGAUGACUAAGGCUGCAUAAACAGAAACUAAAGUGCUUGAACUCCUAAAUGGCAGUGAUACUUCAGAAGCAUGAGCUAUACACAAAAACCUCUUCAUUAAGCUAGAGUUGUUUUGGUGACUAUAGUGUCCCUUUAAAUAAAAACAAUUGUCGUCUUGCAUUUUUGUGUACUUUCUAGGGAGCUAUAUGAAUGUACUAUACGUCAUCCAUGGAUCCAAAAAUGAUAACAGUCAUUCUCCUAAUAAUGUCUGUCUCCUGUAUUGAAACUAUUAUUCAUUGUUUGUGGAAAGUGGGUCUCUAUUCUAAAGCAACUGAAAAUUUAAUUCUGUAACCAAGGUACUGCACUCGUUUCUGUAGAAAUCGGGAUAGGUAUUACCACUGUGAAGAAUGAAAACUAGUACAUUAUCAAUUACCUUUGAGGAAUUUGAUAUUUUUUUUCCACUUGAAAUGUUUUUCAUUUGUUUUACAGAAUGCAAAAAUACAGUAGAAUACGUCAGCAACAUACAUAUAGGCGUUUUGACAAAAUUUGUACACAACAUAUUUAGCAUACAAUAUGGCAUUGACAUACAAAAACAUAGCAGUGUUGCUCAAGGUUAUGUUAUGACAGUCUAUAGUCUGUAGCCAACAUUAUAUUAAGAAAGUUGUAUAGUAUUUUAACUAAAAUAAUGAUAAGAAGAACUUUAAAGAUACAGGAAUUAUCAGCUAUGCUCUAUAGGAGUAGUAUCAGCAUAUCUAUCCAUUUUUCUUUUUUGGAUUAGGGUAUGUCAGUGACUGACUGCCAUCAGGGGCUACCACAUUUUUUAGAAGGUCUGCGUGGUAUGGUUCCAUAUAUGCGACAUUUCUUUCUAUAUUCGGGUCUCCGAGAGUAGGGAAGUCACCUUUCCCAUUGUAGGUAUCUGUGGAGGAUUUCAAUAGGUGACCAGUGAUUUUUUUAGUAGAUAGUCAUUUGUGAUACAAUGUGUGAUGGAUGGAUCUGGACAUACUGGUGGGAUAAAUUUAGUAUAGCAGUGCCAUAUGAUGGCUUUGGGUUUUGCGAUAACCUACUAUGUUGGAAGCCAGCUAAAAAGCCUCCUCCUACAAAGGACGAAUUAGCACGCAAUCCCACCAAUGUGGAUAUAUGUGCCCCUCUUUCCACAAUUUUGCCAACAUGCCCCCAUUCCCCCUCCUGCAUGUGCUGCAAUCUGACCGGGACCAUAGAACAAAUAAAUAAUUUGUAUAGAAAUUCAUGCUCCGAAGUGUUAAUUUUAGUAAUGUAAAAGAGGAACAUCACUCCUCCUCAGAUAUGUCACAAUUUAAAUCUCUGUCCCAUUUUUGUUUAAAGGAACAGUCUCCUGGAUGGUGGAAAGCCACCUUCUAAUAUGUUGAGAUGCUUUUUUUGCAUAGAUAUGUUUGAAUCUUAAAUGCAUCAAUGGUGCUAAUUGUGGGUUAGUGGCAAUUAGCUGGGCAUUGGUUGAGGAAGCUUCUGAUUUGUAAAUAUUGAAAGAAUUCUCUGUUCAGGAGACCUCUUUUUUCUUUUAGAUUUUGAAAGGUAUCUAUGGAAUUAUGUGUGCACAGAUCAUUCUUUGUAUUAAGACCACAUUCCCUCCAGGAUGUUAGAGAGAGGUGUGGAACAAGUCUCUCAAAGUGCUCCAUUGAAAUGAAGCCUGGUAGGUAGGUCAACGGUUGAUGCCAUUUCCUCCCAUAUCAUGUGUGAGUCUACAGGUUGGUAGAAUAUCUUUUAAUUGUGGUCUUUUAUCUCUGUGUGUCAGGAAGAUUAAUUGUAGCCUCCAUGGAUUAACCAUUGAGACCGCCAUGUCCACCCUGUGAAGCUGUUUUCAUGGAGGAAACAGCAGCAUGAUCUGGGAGAGCAGUGCUGCUUGAUAAUAUGCAGGGUACCACCAAGCCCCCUUCAGUCUUAGGGUGGUAUAAAGUAUUCUUUGAGACCCUCCUUACGUGAUUAGCUGCUAUAAAGUGGACAUUAAGUGUGAAUCAUGGAUCCGAAAGGGUCUGAAAGACGUAGAGGAGUAUAGAUAAUAUAUUCAUCUUGAUGGUCACAGUUUUUCCCAGCCAAGAUAGAUUUCAUCUAUGCCAUGUAAAAAGACAACUCCUUAUUUUUUUCGACAUGUUGAAUGUUUUUUUGUAUGUGUAUACCUAGAAAAUAUAAUAAGUUCUCCAGUCACUUUUUCAGAUAUUGUGAUUUAGAAAUUUUAAUUUUAUGAUCUAAUAUCAAACUAAAUUCAGAGAGAGUGGCUUGCAGAUUGGGGAGGGACAUUAAUGGUUUUAUUAAUGAGAGCACACUAUUGUCUGCAAACAUAUCUGGGGCUGGUAUAUAAGGUUUGUAUGGCAGAAAUCUACAUGGAGGGUUAACCAAAACAUUUUAGGAGCAAUUGGAUAUUUUGAACCCAUGAUCUGUAUUUAGCUAGAGAACAAUGGAAUCCUUUAUGUGAAUUGUUUUAAUUUGUAAUACUGAUCUAAAAUCUCAUGUCGAUCCUUACAUAAGAGUCAACAGCCAUACUUCUGAUCUUAUGGCAUAAAUCCAAUUAUUAUUUUUCCAGUAGAAUUGAUGGAUCUGUCAUUGUAGUUUACUAACUUAAUUAGUGAUCAGCUCAAUAGUCCACUCUACCAUGUGCUACCACAAAUUUAUAUUGACACAUAAAAAAUGAUUCAUUCUACUUGCCUUGAUAAUCUAUACUGUGCUGGUGACUAUACACCAUGGGUCUGGGUCUUAGGUCCUUUUAGUGUGGUAAAUCUGUUUUCUAUGUGUCAAUGCUGUGCACAUUUUAUUUAUUUUGUUUAGGCUACAAUCAUGCUUAUUUGUCUGGGUUAAGUAGCCUCUGAGAUAUGUCCUUGCUUUUAUAAUCCCUGCAUGGAUCAAACGUCUCUACAUCUGCAAUUUAACAAUUGCUAGCUACACAUGGUACUUAAAAGCAAUUUAUCUUUUUGGAAGGCACUUACUGAAGUUGGUUAAAUAAAGGUCCUGUAUUUCAACUAAUUAUAAUUAUGUGAUAAAAUUAUAACUAUUUGAUGUAAUUAUGUAGUACAGCCCCCUUCAUUCUGACACACCAUGUGCUUGAGUCUUUAAUGGUCCAGACACAGGGAAAGACCCAGUUAGAUCCAAUUAGCAGGUCCUGCUGCACACACCACAUAUACUGCUCCUUAACAAACAGAGAUUCUACACCAGGGGUGGGCAACCCUCAGCACUCCAGAUGUUGUGAACUACAACUCAUGUGAUGUAUUAUGGCUGUAAGAUCAUUAUGGCAGAUGUUGUCCACAACAUCUGAAGUGCAGAAGGUUGUCUAUUCAUGUUCUGUACAAUUAUAUCCUCAACUGUGCUGUAAAAGAACAAUGAAGAGAGUGUGUGUGUGUCACUGAGUGUGUGUGUCUGUCUGUCAGUGAGUGUGUGUGUGUGUGUAUGUGUGUGCAUAUGUGCAGAUGGUCCUGCUAACUUCAUGCGCUUCCUAUUCCAUUUCCUCGUGACUUAAUGCAGUGAUGGGAAGUUAAAAUCGUAAUCCCUCAAUAUUGUGGGGAUCAAGGCACAGUCAAGGCUCACUCCUCAUUAAAGACACUAGUAUGUAAGUGAUGGCUAGCUUUGACACCCCAGAUGUCUGUAAGCUACAUCUACAAUGAUGCUCAUCUAUCUAUUGAUAUAGAGAGCAUGCUGGGAAAUGUAGUUAUCCAUCAUAUACAGUGCCACGUUUAGCCAUUUAACUACUAUACUGUUUUCUUUUUAUUAUCCAUCCCCAUUAUAAAGGGAGCAUUAAAUUAUGCUUGCCAAUUCCCAGCUUUGUUUACUAUUCUCGAUAGUCAUUUGUCUCUCCGUAUUCAGCAAUUUUGGCUUGGUCUUGACUUUCCCACUUCAUUUGUCAUCAUCUGCUCCAACAAAAAACAACACGCUAAUAAUGCUUAGAAACACAUUAAUAACGUUUGGUUCUGAUGCUACGAGGCACUGCUUUCUAAUUUAUGACAUGACAGUCUCGGGAUAUUGACCAUAAUAAACUGUAUCUGCUUCGUGCUAGAAUUUUGGAUUUGCAGGCAUUGCGUUGUCCAUCUGUAUCCCCCGCUGUGUUUUCAUAAUAACCGGGAUCAACAUCCACAUUGCUUAAGCAAAAUUAAGGCUGCAUUAAUGUUAAGGGAACUAGUAGAUCAACCUAUUUAGCCAGUCUAGUGUGUAAUUAGACUUUGAUUAUAAUUUUCCUGCAACUAUUCUCCUUAUAAGUUUAAGCAAAGGAAAUCAAUUUUACUAUUUCCAAUUAAAUAGCCCUGUGCUGUCUGCUCAUUUAGAUUGAUCUCUGGUAGGAAAGGAAAAGGCACAGAAUCAUUAGUUUGAAAAACUCUGUUUAAAGUUGGGGGGCAGUGGGGGGGGGCAAUGGAAAAUUUUACAGUUUUACUUUAUUAUUUCUACAUUUUAUCUUGCUGUUGAUCAUCGGUAGUUUGUUUUCCUUUCUUUAUUUUUUCAUUACAAUAUCUAACAUGUCUUAUUUUAAAUUUAUUGUUGUGUAAAUGCGGACUGUUUAGUUUAUUGCUUUCCUUUCUCUAAAGAUUAUUUAAGAACUUUAAUCGACCUCUGAUGCUUAAAAGAGAAAAAUCUGCCCUAGAAAUGAAUUUUUAGUAUGAUUGCUGCAGCAAUUUUUCAUAUCACAGAAGUUAGAAGGAAACGGGACAAUGGACAAGUGAAAUCCUUAAAUCAGAAUUCCUUGCUAGUAGUCCAGGCUGCCGUGGUGCUUGGAGUGUCCCUUUAAUUUCAAUGACGAUUACAUAUCUCUUUAAAAAGCAAUUUGGGAAUAUAUUUUAUUUAUGGCUUUAUCACUUGUGCUAACACUUGUACUAAAAAUUCCCAGGUGUGUUUUCACCUUGUCACUUCAAAUUAUAGUACAGCUGCUACAUCGUUCCUUGUCUCAGCAUUUUAAAUGUCGAAUGCCACUUUGGUGAUUUUAAUUAAACAGCUUUAAAACCAAAGUCUGAAUCUAGUUAUGUUUCUGGACAUGCUUCCUGCAAUAUAGGACAAUUGAACUUUUUUAUUUUUGGUGGCCUCACCACUGGACUUCCCUAAUUAGAGAAGAUGCUGUUCUGUCCUAGAAGAAAUUUGGAUUGUAAUGUCCAGGGAGGUUCAGUGCACUAAUUCGUCCAUCCUCUUUCAGGAGAUAAUGCUAAAUACAUAAAGAUAUUAUAUGUAUAUAUGUAUAUCUUAAAUGGUAGAAUGGAAGUUUUAAUAUUUAUUGGGUAUAUUCAAAAGGAGAUUUACAUCUUUAGUGCCAGUAGGCACAAAAUAUUCAGCUUGCGCCUCCCCCCCCCCCAAAAAAGUAAUUUGUUGUAGAGAUAAUGUAAAUAUUGUGGGUAUAUAUGAUUGCUCUGUGUGUUAUUUUUGUAGAGAACAUUCACUGGAAGCUGUCCUUCAACUAGGACGUGACUGGAGCCAAAAUUAAAUAUGGACACACAAAAAUCCCCCAAAACGCUUGUAUUUUAAAAGCAGCUAUAUGUAUCAUAGUGCAAAGUGAAACUCUUCCUUACCCUAUUUUGUACAAAUAGCAGGAGGCGUAAAGUGUCCCUAUUGCAUGGCUCAACAGUUUUACUUGCCCUGUAUCCAUUGGCUGGUGUAACUUCAAACCAGGCCAGUAGGAAUUCACUCCUGGUGUUACUCACCAUUAAGCUUGUAAUGGUGAGUAACUUUUGGCCUGUCUUGUAGUUGUAGGACUUUACAUUUUGACCAGGAGUAUUGCUAGGUGUCGGAAUGACCUAGGUUGUGGCCCCAAAUGGGCUCCUGAAAAGUUUGGGAUCUGCUUUUGACAAUGUUUUCAGAUUUUAUUCUACUUUCCAUAUUACAAUGUUUUAUAUAGAGUGUUAAAUAACAGCAGAUGUUAAAAUAACCCCUUGUAGUGAUCAUCUACAAAUUAUUUAUGCGGUGUCAUUAUGGAAUAUAUUUAGGUUAUGUACUUAAGGAAUAUUUUAACAUACAGGUGAUACUCGAAAAAUUAGAAUAUCGUGAAAAAGUUCAUUUAUUUCAGUAAUGCAACGUAAAAGGGGAAACUAAUAUAUGAGAUAGACACAUUACAUGCAAUGAUUAUGGCUUACAGCUCAUGAAAACCCCAAAUCCACAAUCUCAGUAAAUUAGAAUAUUGUGAAAAGGUGCAAUAUUCUAGGCUCACAGUGUCCCAGUCUAAUCAGCUAAGUAAGCCAUAACACCUGCAACGGGUUUCUGAGCCUUUAAAUGGUCUCUCAGUCUGGUUCAGUAGGAAUCGCAAUCAUGGGGAAGACUGCUGACCUGACAGUUGUGCAGAAAACCAUCAUUGACAUCCUCCAUAAGGAGGGAAAGCCUCAAAAAGGUUAUUGCGAAGGAAGUUGGAUGUUCCCAAAGUGCUGUAUCAAAGCACAUUAAUAGAAAGUUAUGUGGAAGGGAAAAGUGUGGAAGAAAAAGGUGCAGCUAAUCAUCGCACUUAUGACAUAUCACGGCUUGAACUAUCUUGCUUUGCAUGUAAUGCGUCUAUCUCAUAUAUUAGUUUCCCCUUUUACGUUGCAUUACUGAAAUAAAUGAACUUUUUCACGAUAUUCUAAUUUUUCGAGUAUCACCUGUAUAAAAGUCAGAGUUUCAAUAGCAAACAAAUAUCGGGUGGAGGAAGCCAUAGAGCUUACCAUGGAUCAAGACCCCUAUUUUUUGCCACUUAGGACCGCAAUGUGAGGGACACUUAGCGUGCACACUUUUGGAGCUUAGUCACAAAUGUAAGUAUUAUGGAGAGCUGAGGGGGAAUUUCCAACUCCAAAACAGCUGAGCUGGAAAAUUUGCUGACCUGAAUUUGUUUUCCAUUAUUUUGGCCAAUUAACCCCAGUUCUGCAUUUUGCUAACAAAUGUUUUUUCCCCCCUUAAAUUUGACAAUUUUUAAUAAUAUUAUGCAAGCCGUCUUUGGAAACGUUCUUUGUAAACAGAUAAUGCUAAUUGGUUGCAUGGUUUUGAGAGAGACAAGUGUAUAUAAGAAAUGCUUUCACUGUGUGGGAUUAGAAAGAAUGCUCUCUAUACUGUUACUAGUAUCUAGGGAAGGAAGACUGUCAUACAUUAAUUACACAAUAAAAAUGCCAUGGAAACCUUUUUUUCCUCACUCCUAUUGAUCUCACAAAAUGUCCUUGCAGAGCAGAGUCAUUUUAUAGCCAAUUAACAUGGCACCAUUUUAUGAAAUAUGCAGCCGUGGCAAAUAAUUGGAUAUUUUCAGAACAAAACAGACUCAAAAAGAUUAAGAAAGCAGUUUGUGUUUAUAUACCUCAGCCUUCCAGGGAUUGUUGUCACCUCUGCUAACUUGUGCCCUCGAUUAAUUUAGAGUGAUAUCUCCAUUUUGGGAUUGAGAGAGAUUUUAGCUAAACCUCUGGUGGUGUCAGGAUUUCAUGUGAGGUGAUCCUUGAAUGCAUUUCCAUCUUUACCUGUAAGCUUGAGAAAGAUUUUCUAACUUAUAUCUUUACUUGUAACAAUGUGAAAGAUUUUGUUACCUGCUCCCGGAGCUGAAAGAAAGAUGGGGGGCUACAGGACAGACUCACAUCAAACAGCAAAGUCAAAUCAAAUUUUGGAAUUUAUUUACUAAACAGAAUUAACAACGGAUUUCCAACCUUUAGCUCAAAGAAAACAAAAAUUCUCCCACUCUCCUGUGUUUUAGGUCGACUAAAAUGUGCUAUUUUCUGCACAUUUUUUGAUUUAUUUAAUUUCACAAGUUCAUGUGAUUUAGUGAUCUGAAACCAGAAGGGAAGUCCGCUUGCACAUCCAUGUAUUUUUCUUUUUUUAUUUUUUACUAAAUUUAUAGUUUGUUGCCUUUUGCGAGUGUUUUGGACACAGUGACAGAAACAUCAUAAGCAGAUGAUGAACAGAGAAAAAAAAAACAUACAUCACAAAAUACAUAUAAUAGUAACAAGAACAGAACAUCUAAUUUAAGGUCCACUUAUCAACAAAGUCAAAAAUUCAGCACUUAUAAGAGGAUAUUUGGCAGAGUAGUAAUUAAUCUGGUGGCAGAAGGUAAGGGCUUUUGCACCAAUAGACACCAGUUCAAAUCCAGGAAAUAUCCAGGUAUUAUUAUACAUAAUUAAUUAGGUCCUUUAUUAAACAGACAGUCAUAAAAUUGAGUUGGUCCUACUGAUGUGAAUCUUGAGUACUGAAGAUUUAAAUCUUAAAAAUCAUAAAAAUCUAGCUUUCCUGCUGCUACUAAAUUAAGUGAGAUAGAGACAGGGUGGGGAUGGCUGUGACAAGGUGUGGGUAGGAAGGCUGUGAGAGGGUAGGGGGGCUGUGAGAAGGUAAAGGGGCUGUGAGAAGGUAGGGGCUGUGAGAGGAUAGGGGGCUGUGAGGUGUGUAGGGGGCUAGGUGGUGGGAAGAGGGUCUGUAAGUGAGUAGGGGGUCUGAAAGUGGGUGUCAUAUUCCGGCUCCCGGCAUCACACUGCGACGUGUGAGGGAGCUGAGCAGGGAGCGCUCACAAAUGCUUUGUGGGCAAACAAGUCCUGCAGGACCACUAACGGGAACAGCGUUCCGGCUGUGGAAAAAGUGCAGGAACGCCGUUCCAACGCGUUCCUACCCACACCUUGUCCAACGCGUUCCUGCAGGACUCGAGCCCUGCUGAUGAUCUUCCUAUGAUGUCACACUUAAUGUGUCCUAAUUUACUAUUUUUGCUUUGUAAAAUUAUUGGGAAAUGUAAUACAAAGAAAGGAAAAAAAAUGGCAGUUUUAAUAUGAGUUUAAAAACUCCAGCCUCAAUGCUUUGCAUUGCAUUGCUAACAUUACUGGUGCCUAGCAGUGAUUGACUUUACUGAAAAUAAAGUAUUGACCAGUGUUCAUCAGCAUAUUCUCUAAAAGUCAGAAAAGAUUCACUACCUGAUGUUAUUGGCUUACACAUUAAAGCAUUGUGGGUAAACCUUAAACCAGGGGUUGAUAACCUUUGACACUUCAAAUGUUGUGGACUGCAUCUCCCAUAAAACUCCUACAGCCCUAAUGCUGGCAAGGCAUCGAGGGAGAUGUAGUUCACAACAUCUUGAGUACUGAAGCUUGCCUCCCUCUGCCCUAAAUCCUGGACUAUUAAGGUCAUUGAUAACCAUCACUAUCAUGUACUUAUUUCGAGGUCAGCUGGUAAGAUGGCUCAGUUGGUUAAAGCACUGACUGUAGUAUCUCAAAUCUUAUUCCUCCAUUGUAAACUCAGUGUUUAAUCGUUUAUUCCUCUGAUGUCAAUAAAGCGAAUAACAUCUGUCAAAUGCAACAUCUGUUAGUCCUCUGCUGCUUUGGUUUAAAGUCUGAGGGUGUUUUGAGUGUCCUUCAGGGGAUAAUGUCCUAUGUAAGUAGGUAUUAUUCUUAGACCCCAUACACUGAAUGAUAAAGAGUUCCAUAUUUGCAUCUGUUGCCACUUAUUGCGUGUAUAAAGUGUGGUUCAAAAAUUGAGACAAUAAAAUGUAUUUUCCAUUUCCUUCAAAAUCUAUUUUCUGUUUGAGUAUAUUAGAGCUAGUGCUAUUUUUCUGUUUGGCAAUGGUUCUUUGUUCAGGUAAAAAUAAUGAGAAUGUCUGCAAAACAAUACGGCGAAAUAGAGUAAGUUUUGUAUCAUAAAAUAGUCUUAGUGCUUUUUUAUGUCACUCAUUCUCGAGUGACCUACUGUAAAGUAGUCAGAAAAGAUAGUGUGACCUACGACCUCUAAAGAAAUACAGCAUUUCAUGUCUAACCGGUCCGUAAUUUACUGGAAUGGACCUACAGUUUAAAAGCCAUUAUCAUGUCAGCCAGCUGUGUCCUCUCAUGGUCAAAUCCCACACAGUUCUAUUCAUUCACGUUGUAACACAGGAUAACAUUGUUUCUUAAUGGAGAAUUGUGUCUAAAUUCACAAUGUUUUGCAUUAUACUUGUUAUGCAACAUUUAAACAAAGAUAUAUGAAUCUUCAAACCCAAGGUUAUGACUCAAGGUUUAUAUAUUGCCAUUUCUUUCUAAAAAUGCAUUUGCUAUUAUCAUUAUUUUCUACAAGCAUUAAAAUUUUAUACUUCGAGGAGUUUAUUUACUUAGCAUUCACAUAUGGUGAUUUCGCAACCAGAUUGUGUGCAUUCAUAUAUACCAACUCUCCCGGAUCUGAUGGGACAGUCUAGCCCUCAUUCAACUGGGCUUGAUUUCUGGUAUACAUUUAUAAUAAAAGAAUGGAAAAGUCCAUUCUAAGUGCAGGGUGAGCAUGUCAUUAAAUAUUUUCUCUCUGCAAAAUUAACUGAGUUUUCCUACCAAAAGGAGAACAACCCUGAUUGUGGCUGGAAAUCAUGACUGCAGAUUAGGUAUCCAUGGAAGCUGACAUUUUCUUUUCUGGAGGGCCUGUUCCUAUCACAACACUAAUGUUGAGCAUCGCCUCACUGGCAUCCCUGCACUCCACCCCCCCUCCCCCUCCCCCCCCCCCACUGCCUCAUAUCCUUUGUAACCCACUUGCAUAUCUAACAGUGUUGGAAGGUAGGAAACUUAAAAAGACAAAAUAAGCCAAGUUUGAAUAAAGCAGGCAAGGAUAGAAUUCUAGCUCAUUUGAUUUGUUCUAAAUAAUACAUAAAGCUAUCCAGUAAUAAAAUUGCUAUAAUAGUAAUCUUUAUUUAUGUUUUCUGUAUACCUAAUGCAAUAACGAAAACUAAAAACAGGACCACUUAAUAAGAUACUAUGGUCAUACACCUGAUACAGGGUAACUUGUUGCCUUUAAAGCAUCCAGAACAGUUUAGUACAAUCCAUGGGUUUCAGGUGUAUAACUCCCGAGCUGUGCAUAGUGGAAUAAGGCAUUGUUCUGUAAGGAGAAUGACCUUGAACUCUGAACUCCAGGACUUCUUUUAAAGACUCAAUGACAUUUAGAUCUGAGGUUUUGGAAGAGUCGAUGGAACAUGUUUUUAUCAUGGUGUUAAUAAACACCAUGCUAAAGUUACUUAGGCUUAUUGAGAUUAUUAGCUUCUCGGAGCAGAGCUGGUCUAAGAUCCCACAAGGUCCUAGGCAGGUUACCAAUUUUAGGUCCCUCUUAUUCCAUUUUAGUAUUAUGGGGGGUAAAUCUGGACAAGUUUGUCAAAGUAGGUUCUUGGCUACUGACUAGUAACUUUUUCAUGUAUUUGAAUUUUAUAUAAGCAGUUUAUGUAAUGUCCUUGAAUACAGUUUUUACUGAUAACGGUGGUCAUAUUGGAUCUGAUACUGUUCCUUAUUCUUUAUUUAGUCUGUAUUUUUGGGCAAUGUGGAAACUAUUCUUUGAUAUCUCUGUAAGUCAGUAAUCUUCAAUUCAAAGAAGAAUGAAAACGGUUAUUCUUUGCUGAUGCAGUUUAUCUGUGUGGCAUACAUUGACAUUCUUUUUUGGAUAAAAAAAAGCAACAGUGUCUCUUCUACAAUUCCUUUAAUAAAGAAUCACUGUUGGAGUUAGAUGUGAGAGGGACCAUGUAUAUUACUUCUCUAAUGCUAAUCUGAGUUCCUGGCUGUGAGGCCAUGUGUACCCUCGUCCUGUAGCUCACCCUUAUUAGCUGUGUUUGCUAAUUAUUUUCUAAAAGCUCCCCUUUUCAGUUGAAUCCUUUCCUGGUCUUGAUGUAAUACACCUGCAAUUUAGGAACUGGCUUUUUUGCCUCUUUGAAACUCCGGUAAUUGUCUUGUAUUGCUUUGAAAACUCGUGAAGGUGCUACUAAUUGUCAGAACUCUAUAUUAUUAUUAUUAUCGCCAUUCAUAUAGCGCCAACAGAUUCCGUAGCGCUUUACAAUAUUAUGAGAGGGAAAUUUAACUAUAAAUAGGACAAUUACAAGAAAACUUACAGGAACGAUAGAUUGAAGAGGACCCUGCUCAAACGAGCAUACAGUAUAUAGGAUAGCUGACACAUGUUAAUAAUCAGCAAGCAACCUAAUAUGAUUCACCUUAGCAGAUGCAUUUGUAAUUACCUCAAAGUUCCUUUUCCAUGUCAUGUUUCCAUUCUGUACGUCAUUUUAUUAAUCUGACAUUAGAGUGCUUUCUUAGUUAAACAAAAACACAAGUUGAAAAUCAGGACAAAAUCUUCUCUCCCCAUUAGUUUCCAGAUUGUUUAAUCGUUUAUACAUGUUAGGGGAUUUACUUCUUAUUUCAUGAUGACGGAUAUGUACCUUGUUUUAAAGGGACACUAUAGUCACCUGAAGAACUUUAGCUUAAUGAAGCAGUUUUGGUGUAUAGAACAUGCCCCUGCAGCCUCACUGCUCAAUCCUCUGCCAUUUAGGAGUUAAAUCCCUUUGUUUAUGAACCCUAGUCACACCUCCCUGCAUGUGACUUGCACAGCCUUCCAUAAACACUUCCUGUAAAGAGAGCCCUAUUUAGGCUUUCUUUAUUGCAAGUUCUGUUUAAUUAAGAUUUUCUUAUCCCCUGCUAUGUUAAUAGCUUGCUAGACCCUGCAAGAGCCUCCUGUAUGUGAUUAAAGUUCAAUUUAGAGAUUGAGAUACAAUUAUUUAAGGUAAAUUACAUCUGUUUGAAAGUGAAACCAGUUUUUUUUUCAUGCAGGCUCUGUCAAUCAUAGCCAGGGGAGGUGUGGCUAGGGCUGCAUAAACAGAAACAAAGUGAUUUAACUCCUAAAUGACAGUGAAUUGAGCAGUGAAAUUGCAGGGGAAUGAUCUAUACACUAAAACUGCUUUAUUUAGCUAAAGUAAUUUAGGUGACUAUAGUGUUCCUUUAACCCCUUAAGGACCAAACUUCUGGAAUAAAAGGGAAUCAUGACAUGUCACACAUGUCAUGUGUCCUUAAGGGGUUAAUAUUGUUUCAAAAGCUUUUAAAAUGAAUUAUUAUUCUGAAAAAUAUUUUAAUUAAAAAAAAUCGAUAUUUUUUGAUAUACUGAUAUUUUUUAAAUAUAUGUAUAUAUUGAUAUUUUCAUAUUUUUUAAAUAUAAUUUCAAAAGUUUAUCCAAACAUAGUAAAUCACGUGCAAAGCUCAUCCAACAUUAUUAAACUGAGCCCACGGUUCCUUAUCUGGGGUGGGUGGGCACUUUAUCAUAUAACUGUUCAUUGUACAAUUUUAACAAGAAUUAUGCUUGGUAUUGAUUCAUAGCUAUUUUUCUCUUGCAUUGCAUUACUGCUUUUAUAACACUAUCCAGAAUAAUUGUCACAUGCUUGGUACUGCCUUCAUAUUAAUGGUAUCUGUUUGGCAUUGGUGUUGGAGAUUGCACUCUCAUUGUGGUGCAAUUCUUCUAAAUUUAUUCUAGCAAAUUCACAAGUGAAGGUUAUGAAUUAGACAUUCCAGACCCAACUCAGGCAUGUGUGUAACAUCAAUAAUGUAUCGACUGACUGGACCUGCCUAUCGCGGGUAGUUACAAUUCUAAUUUACAAUCUAUGUAGUUGGUCAGAUAUAUGGACGUGUCAUGUAUUACAUAUGAGUUACAUACGUGUAAGUGUUUUUGAGAGAGGAAAUAUGUCAGAUCCAGGUGUUUGCUAGAUUGUUUUAUUCCUUUACAUGAGCUGAAAACAUACUGAAGACCUAAUGCAGGUUUUCUUUUAUGAAGACAGGGCCAACCAUGUAAUUAUGGGUAUGGUGCAGCUGACAUUUCAUCAAAUUUUGCUCAGGGCAAAAAAACUAAACAAAAUAAAAAAGAGGAAAAAAAAGAAGAAAUAGCAAGCCUAGCAUAGCGCUGGUAAUCCACAGGUGUUCGGAGUAGAGAUUUCAAGAACAGCAGAUAAUGAGGAAAGUGCAAAAUUACAAAGGAAAGAUUGUUUCCAACAUUUUCUUGAUAACAGUUCAUCAUCACAUUGGGGUCUGCAACGGCAAAAAUGAUAAACAAUGGUGCUUAAAGAUUUUCGGUUUAUAUUACCAACGUUAGAUAGUGUUUCAGAGCAGGAUUAACCAAAAGAUGACCAUAGACGGCUGCCUAGAGCCCCAGGAGUUAGACAAGGGCCACAACACCAUUCAUUUUCUGAGCCCCAUUCACUAUCACUAUGUAAAGAAUAAAGGGCCCAAACCGGUAACCUAUCUGGGGCCAAAUCUUUCUCUAUCGUGUUUACCAUCAAUAUAUUAAGAUGUAGCAUUGACAAUGUCAGUGCAUAUGCUGUUUAAAGACAUCCAUAGGGCCAAAACUUGUUAUCAAUGGCCCAAAAACAGCAUGGGAAGUUUUAACUGAUAAUUUUUUUAAUCCCUGAUUUAUGCACUACUUUUUCCCACUCCCAAGUGUUAGUGCUUUUACCCUACCAGAAAGAGUUUGUCUAUAAUUCCCCAGUACUCAAUACAUCUUGAAUUAAUUAUUAAAUAUGUCCAAGAUGCUGGUCUUCCGAAGGAGUGUAAGGAGGAAAGCUGUCUUUGAAUGGUUGUAUUUUUUACCUGGGAUCCGCAGAGCGCAGCUCCCCGUCUCCACAACAAUCCUGCCAUGCUACACAACCAAUAUAGAGGAAAGUUAUUUUUCCCAACAUCCUUUGCUGAAAGCCAUCGGGGGGGGGGACACCUACCCUUCCACUCGGGGAGAGUGUGAUGCUUGGAAGAGACACAAUACAAAUGAUCUUUCUUUAUAAAGUGGCUGCUUUAAAUUUAAAAUAAAAAAAAAAAGCCAAUAUCCCCAUGCUUCCUUCACUAACUGGGAUUUGGGGUUAAAUAGGCCACAUCGAUAGCUUCAGCUGUCCAGAACCCCCAACAACAACAUCUAUGGCGCCAGGGCACUAUUGCGAGCUGUAUUGGUGAUGGUGCUUGGAAUGUUCCUUAAAAUAAAUUAAAAAAUAAAUAAAUAAAAUUAUAAACUUGAAAUUCAUGUAGUUAUUGUAAAUUCCCACACUUUGCAGCUUCUGCAGUGACCUCUGCCUAGUCCAUGUAUUGACUCAGCUAUUCAUGGUAUUAUUAAAAACCCUGAAAACGUUACUACAACUGCCAGAAACCACUACUGUCAAUGUCUCUCAGGAUAGUACAAAUACAUGUAUAGAAUAAGAGAAGCAUAGAGACAGGAUUGGUGUGACAGUUAAUUGUUAAUUGACCUAUAAAACGACAUGUAUAGGAAGAGAAGGACAUCUUUGCACCAUUAAAGGACCACUAUAGGCACCCAGACCACUUCAGCUCAAUCAAGUGGUCUAGGUGCCAGGUCCCCCUAGUUUUAACCCUGCAGCUGUAAACAUAGCGAUUUCAGAGAAACUGCUAUGUUUACACUUAGGGUUAAUCCAGCCUCUAGUGGCUGUCUCACUGACAGCCGCUAAAGGCCGAUUCCGCGAUUCUCACUGUGAAAAUCACUCUGAGUAAUGCUUUCCUAUAGGCAGUUUGAAUGCGCGCGUGGCUCUUGCCGCACAUGCGCAUUCGGCGCUGACGUCGGCAGGAGGAGAGGUCACCAGCGUUGAGAGAAAGGUAAAUGGCUAAAGGUGUUUUAACCCCUUCAGCCCAGCGUGCGAGGGGCCCUGAGGAUGUGGGGGGACCUAAUGACCCUAUAGUGCCAGGAAAACGGGUUUGUUUUCCUGGCACUAUAGUGGUCCUUUAACUACCUGAAGGACACAUGUUUUGGUGCUUGGAAUGUCUUUAUAAAAUAUAUGAUUUAUUAUAUCACAUAUUAACAAUGAGUGUCUUUUAUUGCACAAAUGAUCUAUACACGUCUUACGUUUGUGUGUCGUAAGAACAUAUAGAUGUCCACAUGUCAUGUCAACUUGCCUUUUCUGAAUGAUCCAGGUGUCCAGUACAUUUCCUAUUUUUGGUGUCUAAUGUAUUAUUAUUAUUUUUAUUUUUUUGAGAAGAUGGAAUUUUGAUAAAUGCAUAUGUCCUUAUGAACAAUUGUGUGCUAUUUACCAUGAGAUGAUUAUCUUUAAGUAUUCAUGUUCCUUUAAAAUGUUCACUGCUCGGCAGCUUGAAAGCACUUAUAGUAAAACUAGCAUCAUUUUAGGCAGAGGGCUUUACAUGGGCAAUGCAUGCCUUCUGCUGGGCCUCCAGCUGUCUGCUUAAUGGCAUCCUGGGACUAACUGCACAGUUUACACAUCUUCGCUGAAGAAAUUCCCAAAAUAGCGGCUCUCUUGAUGUCUGUAACAGCUCUAAGUCCAUAAUAACAGCAAAAUAAGAUGGUGUUCAUCUUAAACACAUUUUUAUAGUUUAUUAAAAAAAAAAAAAGACUCUUACAAAAGUUACUAAUAUGAAUGAUAGCUUAUUUUAAUGGUGAUACAUUAAAUCAAGGACUUAGAGAACACCAGGUGAGAGGUAUAGUCAGCUACAUUUCUAAAAAUGUAUUUAACUAUUUAAGUGCCUAAGAAUGAAUCAGUGUUGUUUAACCAUGUUCUUUAUCUGUACCCUGAUCAGAUACAUGUGUAUCAUGUGCGACAUAUAACUGAGGGGGACAAAGAGACACACAGAGGGGCUAGGAAGAGAAAUAGACACACAGAGUGGCUGGGGGAAGGAGAUGCAAAGAGGGGCUGGGGGAGAGAAAAAAACACACUAAGGUGCUGGGGGAAGAGACACCCAAAGAGGCUGAAGAAGGGGAAAAUGAGACACACAAAUGAGUUGGGGGAGAAAGAGGCACAUAAAGAGGAUGGGAAAAGAAAUAAACACACAAAGUUAAUUUUAAAAAUAUAUAUUUUUAGUUGAUUUUGCCAAGGGCAUAAAAUAGUCUUGCACUGGCCUUGUCCCUGGAAUAGGUUGAGGUUGUUAAAUUGAAGCAACAUUCCAGAAUGCAUCUGUCAGAGCAUCGUACAAAAAUCAUCAUAAUAUUUUGUACAUAAUAGUUUCUACAAAUAAAUAAAAUUACAAAAAGCAUUGGCUGUAUAGUGCCAGCCUCCUUUCUUCCAUGUUCAAGAGGAUGUGUUGAGUUAAAGGGACACUAUAGUCACCCAGACCACUUCAGCUCAAUGAAGUGGUCUGGGUGCCAGGUUCCCCAGGUUUUAAAGGACCACUCCAGGCACUCAGACCACUUCAGCUUAAUGAAGUGGUCUGGGUGCCAGGUCCAGCUAGGGUUAACCCAUUUUUUUCAUAAACAUAGCAGUUUCAGAGAAACUGGGUUAAGCCGUCCCCUAUUUCAUUGACAGCCACUAGAGGCGCUUGCGUGCUUCUCACUGUGAUUUUCACAGUGAGAGCACGCCAGCGUCCAUAGGAAAGCAUUAUGAAGGAGAGCUCUCCGCCCCGGGGCUGGAAAAAGGUAAGUUAACCCCUUUCCCCUUCCAGAGCCGGGCGGGAGGGGGACCCUGAGGGUGGGGGCACCCUCAGGGCACUAUAGUGCCAGGAAAACGAGUAUGUUUUCCUGGCACUAUAGUGGUCCUUUAACUCUGCAGAUGUAAACAUAACAGUUUCAUCUGAAGGGUUUCAGCUUUAUUCUGCUUUUAAUGAAGAAAUAACUUCAUGUCUGUAUCUUUCUGGUGAUGCACAUUUUUUAUUAAAAUGCUGACAACACAAACAAAUGUUCUAUAAACUCUCCGUGCCCAGGGGUUUAUGGGAUAUGGUACUUGUCUCCAACGAAAAGAACUGUAUAGCCUUAGAUGUCUCAUUAGAUUAUAUUCCUACCAGAGGUCACUGCAGAAGCUGCAAAGCCUGGGGAUUUUGUAGCAACCAAGGGAGAAUUGAAAGGAGUAUUUUAUUUAUAUUAGUUUAUCUUUAUUUUAAAUACAUUUUCUCUGCCUAGCUCUAUCAUGUAUUAUAAAGGGGGAGAGACGGACAUUGACUCCAUUUAUAUGUGUAUCUUUCUUUUAAUGUUUAUACCACACAAUAUAUUAAAUAAAUAAAACCUUGAAACAAAAAAUGGAAUGGUGCUGUUUUUAAGGCAGAAAGCUUUAAUUUCUUCUUUUUUUUUUAGCUCUAGCAUUGGUAUUUCCUGUUAAAUUUUUUUGCUAAAUACCUCACAUGUUAGCUAUUAAACAGUCGAACGGAAAGGAAUUUUUAUUUAGGUCAAAUAACUAUCAUAGAAGCAAAUGUAACCAUGAACAUAUGAUGUUAAUAAAAUGAGUAUCAGUCUGUCUGUUUUUCUUUUCCGAAUUCCUUUAAAUGGGCUGGGUAUCAUGGGAUAUGUAGUUCAAUAAUAUCAGGGACGAUGAGGUUAGCCUUCACUGCAUUAGCAAAUAAAAUCUACUUAAUCCUUUCCACGACCAAGGAUCUAUGAAAGUGCUAAACUAUUUAAAGUUAACAUUGGGAUAUAAUUAUUUAAAUUUCGUUAAAAAUAAAGAAAAAAAUGUCAAAGAAAAAUAAAUAUUCUCCGAUUUAACUACAGUCACAGCUUGGCUAUUUUGGUUCAGUUUUGCCAUUUGUUUUGCGUUCUGCUACUAUUCAAAGCUCUUGCUCUUGCCGCGCGUGCGCAUUCAGCCGACGGGGAGGAGAGGAGGAGGAUAGCUCCCCGCCCAGCGCUGGAAAAAGGUAAGUUUAACCCCUUUUCCCCUUUCCAGAGCCUGGCGGGAGGGGGACCCUGAGGGUGGGGGCAUCCUCAGGGCACUAUAGUUCCAGGAAAACAAGUAUGUUUUCCUGGCAGUAUAGUGGUCCUUUAAGUAAAAUAAUAGAUCAGGGUGGUGCAGUAGACGUUGCUUACCUAGAUUUCAGUAAGGCUUUUGACACUGUUGCACAUAGAAGGCUUAUCAAUAAACUGCAGUCUUAAGGUUUGGAUUCUAAUAUUGUAAUGCAGUGGCUUAUUGACAGGCAACACAGGGUUGUAGUCAAUGGAGUAUAUUCAAAGCAUGGUCUUGUCACCAGUGGGGUACCUCAGGGAUCUGUACUUGGACCCAUUCUCUUUAUUAUUUUUAUUAGUGAUAUUGCAGAAGGUCUUAAUGGUAAGGUAUGUCUUUUUGCUGAUGAUACUAAGAUAUGUAACAGGGUUGAUGUUCCAGGAGGGGUUCCAGGAGGGGUAAGCCAAAUGGCAAAUGAUUUAGGUAAACUAGAAAAAUGGUCAGAGUUGUGGCAACUGACAUUUAAUGGGAAGAGUACAGAAUAUUUGAUAGAGUCCUAACCUCAACAUCUGAGAAAAGGGAUGUAGGUGUAAUUAUUUAAGAUGACUUAAAGGUAAGCAGACAAUGUAAUAGAGCAGCAGGAAAUGCUAGCAGAAUGCUUGGUUGUAUAGGGAGUGGUAUUAGCAGUAGAAAGAGGGAAGUGCUCAUGCCAUUGUACAGAACACUGGUGAGACCUCACUUUGAUAGCCCUAGCUGUAGUGCCUGUAGUCUUCUUACAGGUCUUCUCCGAGACACUACUGUCUUCUCUAAUUAUUUGUGUCUGACAAACAUUGGCAAAAGGGACCGAUAUGCUCACCUUGAGUGGUGGUCUCUUUUACCUGUGUAAAAGACAAAACUGUCCAGAGUUCAAUCUUUCAGGGUGACUGUUGUGUGAUGUCAUACAAUAUCAUGGUACAAUGAUUCUGCCAUCUUGGUUUAAAUGUCUCUUUCAUCACUCUACCUCUCUACCUUUGCUGUAUGCAAAUCUUUUACCUUACUCUCCCGGUGACAUGUUUUAAUUGUUCCUUUAACCAUCUCCACCUCAUUGCACCAAUUUUCCUCGUUCCCUUCUCCAGGCCCGUCUUUACUCCCAACCUCAUUCCAAACGUCUUUCUACCUGCCUCUCCCAUGCCAUCUCUUUUUAAAUGAUUUCUGUUCCUACACGUUAUGAAAAUGAAGGGAUCCAUGAUGGAACUGUCACGUGGCAAAAAUAUCUAAAUUGCUUUGGGCUUGAAGUCCCCAACAUCCUAACAUAAAAUGAGAUUAAAGCUUUCAAAUUACCAACUAUUAUACAAAGUGCUGGUGACAGACUUCUUUUGCUGCAAAAUCUCAUUUAGAAGAAAAUGUACACUUCAUGCUCUUCUAAAUAUAUAACUUAGUACAAAUCAAUUUUAGGUAGUGUCAGAAAUAUUCAUGAAAGCAAACCCAGCAAACCCACAUAUUAAUAUAUAUUAAUGGCCCACUAAAGUGAGUUUUUGUAUGAGGCACGUAUGUAAUACUAAAAAUAUAUUCUAACAACAAAUCUCACAACCAUUUUUCAGUAGGAGAUUAAAAACAUUCCAGAGUAAAGUUAUUAUUUUAACAGUAAUAGUACAUGCAAAAAAAAGCAAAUACUCUUUUUUUUUACAGUAAGACAGCUUUCAGUGAAAAAUCAGUGUUUACAUUGUUGCCUAGUAACACGUCUAGUGGCAGUCACUCAGACGGCCACUAGAGGUGCUUCCUGUAUCAGUGCUGCACUGUGUACAGCUCCUAUGUUCAGCGUCUCCACGCUCUGCACGCUCUGAAAGCUGCCCUAUAUGAGGAGGUGCUGAUUGGCGCAGAGCAGUGUUUUGCUGUGCGUACGCAAAAGCCUCCCGAUGCUUUGCUAUAGUAUAAGGAAUUACCAAAUUCUCACCGUCUGCACCAUACGGUUUCACAUUCGGCAUUGACUGUAGGGUUUACGAGAUUUCAAUUUCCUUCCUAGAUUGAGAUGAGUCGAUAUCCAGAUAUGAAUCAGUGAUACACUAUAUUGUCACUGUUACAUUAAGGUACAUACUGAAGGUUAUUUGUGCUGGCUUUGUUUGUGCUGUUUUGAUGCUGUGUUGUUUUACGUUACCACCACUAGCUGUCAGUAGAAUGCUACAAUUCAUUUCCAGAAUAGCAAAUCAAGCCUUCAAACAUUAAAAUACAGUCAAAGAGUAAAUAAAAGAGAAAAUGGGUGAUUAGACUGGAAUAGAAUAUUAUAGCAAGCCACACACUGGUGAAUUAAAGUAAAUGCAAAGCGUAGCAUUGUCUGAUAUUAGGUAGCCAUUUACAUCAGCCAAGCAAGCUUCUCCAGAUAUAUUCCCAAUGAUCUAGUCAUGGUGCAUCCAAAAGAACGCUCGGCUCAAAAAUCAUUUUUGCAGUCAAACAGGAAAAUGGUACAGCAGCUGCAGAUGUUUCUCUGCUCCUCUUUUAUUUUAACACCUUCAAAUAUGAGAAUGCCAAAAUUGUUGCUGGCCAGGUGUGGACCUCAGCUUCUCCAACUGUUCUCCAACAAUGAAGUAAUAUGUUUUCAGAAGAGGCCUGUGUGCAUCAAAAGGCUCAGGUGUUGAUUAUAUUGGUUAUUAGCUCCAGGCAAUUAUAAAGCACAGUCUUUAGGAAUAACAAUUACAUUUUUUCAUACAAUUCAAUGGCUUCACAGCGAUUUUGGCCCAAAUAGCUGAUUUUGAAAAUUGUCCAAAUCAGCAGCAAUCGUCACCAUUUGGAAUAUUUCAGCCUGAAUAUUUAAAUGUGGUUUUAAUAUACUAUCCUUAAUAAACUGAAAACCACUUAUUAACAAGUGAAUUGUAAUCAAUGGAUAAAGGAUUAAAAAUUUGGCAUAGGUGGAAAGCCUUUUUUAAAAUCGGUUCGUUUUGUAACUCUGUUAUCUUGGCCUAUAUUUUGCAUCAAACGUUUCAUGUGUUUGAAUGUCUAUCAUGGAAAUCUAUGAGAGAAUCUGUGCAAGUUAAUGAGAACUCAUUUGAUGUGAAUAUGCCAGAUAAAAUCAUUUAUUGUAUUGUAUUGUAUUAUAGUUGGAGAUAUGUUUUUUUUUUUUUAUUAUUAAAUUGCUGCCUGCUGUUAGAAAUAUGAUGGGAAGAUGGGGAAAAGGGUGCUUAUUGCAAUACAACCCUGGUAAGGACCUUGGUGCUUGGAAUGUUUCUUGAACAACAUCAUAUUAUAUACAAUAUUUGUUAAAUUUACAUUCUAUUAUCCAGGAUGAGUUACUGAAAAAAACAUACUUACAAGGAUCCCUGUUUGCAUAUCUUUAUUAGCUCAGGAGGCUUCACCCCUACUUUGAGUUGUGGGGCAGAAAGGCAGCGAAAAGAGAUACUAAUCAGCAUAGUUUCCUUGUGGCUCAUACCGUAAUAAACUAGAAACUGUGGGAAUGAUGGCACACAUCGUUACAAGGCACUGCUCAGAACCAUAUAUCUCAAUUCUGCUACAGAAAAAAGCUACGGCUCUGGAGCUUCUGGGAACCAGAAAGCCACUGCUUCCUUCCUAGACUAUGGCCAAAUGUUUUAGACAGACACAGCUAAAAUUAAAGCAACGCUGUCACUUCUGAGCUUUUCAUAAAGAUAGAAUUUAUUGUGCCAGUGCAAUCAAAAGAUAUAUAUGAGACAAAAUAAGGAUCUUUGUCUUGUGUAAUUGCCAAUCUUUGGCCGUUUUUCUUCUACCAUUUCCUGUCGUUUGGUGGGAACAGGCAUCAUUUCUAGAAGAACACAAUAGAUGACUAUGUCUCCUUAUUGUGCAUGAUUAUCUUUGGUCUUGUGGUGUCAUCUUCAUCCUCGAACCUCCUAAAAACCUGUAUGGUAAGAGUUAGAUUAUCUCAUCAUUAUCAAACAUUAAGCAUAUUACAGAUAGCCAGAUAGUUUCUUACUUGACCUUCUCAAGACUUGAACAAGUCUAGUAAUUAACACUAGCUAGCUUGGCACACCUAAAGACACAGUAGCAAAGCUUAAUUAGGACACCUUAGUUCCUAGGAAGGUUGCCUAAUUGGGACCCCCACCUAGAGCCCUGUGCAUAGUGUUUCAUACUCUGCCACCCAGAGUAUCUCUCCAUAUCCCCCCUCAUAUUUCUGUUGGUUGCUUAAGUACUCACACCUGAGUCAAUAAUUGGUAUUGCAUGUUUGGGGUCUCACACUCUAUCUGACUGAAUGUUGAAAGUUGGUAAAGAGCAUUUUUUUAAGUUUCUCUAUAGAUUCCCUAUUGAAUUGUGCUUUGAUUAGCCAUUUGAGAACACUGGGGAUCUUGUGACUGUGUUUUUAUCCUGGUGGAAGGUGAACAUCUAACAAACACUUAUUUACAACUAAUAGUGGUGAAAAGAAUAGCUCAACACUCCGUAGGUGAUCCCCUUAAUCCCCACUACAGAAGGUGAACAUCUGCCUGUCUCAGGUGUCAUGCAGAACAAAAUAAGUUUUUCUCUAUAAUUGCUCUAUAUGUGGCUUCAACCAUCUUGCCAUCAAUCCCGGCCAGUCCCGCUGUUCCAGACAUGGAAAAACCUCACCGAUAUUACCAAGCUUUGCACCACACAAGGUAUUUUGUACAAAGGACAAUAUGUUCAUCAGUGUCUAAUCAAGCCAGAGAACACUUUUCCACAUGUUUGCUGUGUCUAUUUCAUUCCAUUUGGCAAAUUCCAAGCAGCAUUUCAUAUGUUUUAUUUUUUUUCGUCUUGACGUCUAGAAUUGUGUAACAUCUGAGUUAUGGUUGUUCCAUCAGAGCGACAUAUCUCUACAGCUGCCACUUGCCUCCCCAAUUGUCAGGUCCCCACUCCCCGGCUUACUUACCUUGCGCUCCUGCAACGCGUCUCCCUCUACAGAGAUGCUGCACUGGAACGCGACUCCCUGUGCAGUGGGGCCUGCCCAGCCACCAACGCCGGCCGCUUGCCUUCCUCCAGACACUGCCGCCUCACGAGCACAGCUGCACUGAAUCUGGAGGUUUGGAGGAAUAAUAUUGCUUGCGCCGAAGCAAGGUCUUUUAAAGAGACAGGAGGCGGGAAACAAAUAAGGGGGUGUGAAUGAAGGAAGAGCUACAGUAAGUGGACUAUUCCCUAUUUAAACUCCACUAACUCUUGACUUUUUGCUCAGUUAUACUCUGCUCCUGUUGUGUUAAUACCGUCACUGCCUGUCCUGUUUGAUCCCCUGAUAUUUGAUUCCUGCUUGCCUCCUGACUACAACCUGUGCCGCCUGUCCUGACCUGACCAUUCUUUGUAUUGACCCUUUUGUAUUGCGUUCCUGAGUGAGUUACAGACUUGUCUGCAUAUUGGGCUUCGUCUCCUAAACAAGUUCUGACACUAGUUUUCUCUGACCUAUGCACUCCUUCCCACUCACUGGGAUUUGGCAAAGUUGUGGCUGUGUCAUAAUCUUAACCCCUUAAGGACACAACUUCUGGAAUAAAAGGGAAUCAUGAUGGAAUAUUUCCAUCAUGUGUCGUUAAGGGGUUAAUUUUUAAAACAGUGGAUUUAUGGUGCUCUAGAGAAUGUUCAAAAUUUGGGGAUUUUUUUUUUUUUUUACGAGCGCAUAAAGAAGAAACACUCUUCACUCAAGUCAUGGUUUCAGGAGUAAUUAGCUACAGAAGACAUUAGGAAGAAGUAAACUUUUAUUUAAUUUUUCAAAGUAACAUUAAGGCACAAACAGAUAGAGGAAACAUUUUAAGCAUUUUUUUACCAAGAGGUGCUUGCUGACAAAGAGCAUAUUUUUUUUUUUUAUUUUAUAGUCCACCCCUGAUUGGUACCUGUACAAAACCUAAUUCCCAACUUGUUUUAAUAACAUGUUGGUCCUCAUGAUGCUAUAGAUCAGGGGUAUCCAGCUACAACUCCCAUGAUGCUUUGCAUGCCUUUAGAAAGCCUUUAGAAUGACAAAAGAUCAUGGAAUCUGUAUUUUUAAAACAUCUGAAGAUCUACCUUUUCUGCACCCCUGGUAUAGAUAUUCUCUAAUAAUUGACUACUAGAAACAAGUGUAAUACAAUAUAUUUUGAGAUCAUGUGACAGACAGAUGGGCUCCAUUAAUUUAUUAUUAUAUUAUUAAAUGACUUAUGCAUAUCACUGGUUUAACCAAAGCAUGGAAGUUAAAUAAAUAUAGAUUUUUUGUUUUACUACAGAAAGAAAAGGAUAAAAAAAUCCUUUGCAAAUUUAAAUUGGUAUGUUUGGGCAAAGCAAGUGGUAAACAUUUCAGUAAGAUCAAUAUUAAUUUCAGGUUGUGACUCUACAAAAGUGGUACCAUCUAAAGGGAGUGAAUUGGCAUACAAAUAACCAUAAGUUUUAUUUUUUCCGUUACUGUCGCUUUCAUUUUUGACAAGUUAGAGCUUUUAAAAACUAAUUUAGUUACCGUUUAGUGAGUCACUACAUAAAGUAUUCGUGAUAGUUUGUUAAAGACUACGCUUUUUCAAACAUCGUAGGUUCAGCUCCUUUAGAAUGCUUACAUUAAUGGAGAAACGACAGUGAACAAACUGUAAUUAUAUACGUAGGGGUUUAUUUACUGUCUAUUACAGAGAUUCACCUAAAUGUGAAUUUACUGUCUAUUACAGAGAUUCACUCUAAGGACUGAUUUCUCCUAAAUGUUAGACUAAGCAAUAGAUAACAUCUCCCUGCCCACCCCCUCCCAAAUUUCAUCUGUACACACUGCAACCUGUCUCACCAAUAUUUUUUGUAAUGUAUAAUUUAUAAAGAGAAGAUUUAUAUAAGAACAGCUGGUUCAUUUCUUUGACCCACACAAAUGAUAUUUCCUUAAAAUUGCAUUUUGUAUAGUUUGUAGCGGGCGUGAGUUUUUUGUACGCAGCGAGAAUUUUAACAAAAUUGAGCUCUGGUGUAACAAAUUGCAAAAUGACUUGUAAGCAGCAUUGGUAUUCUAAACGUGUUGUUUUUAAUUGUAAGCCAUCAGUGCUGUAUAAGAAUAAAGCAAAAAUAAGCAGAAUAAUUAAAUCUAAAGUUAAAGAUUUUAAAUGCCUAGCAGAUGUUGUGACUUUGAAAACUUUUUCAGUAUAUAACUAGCAUCACAGUUCAAUAAACUUAAAGUAACAAUCUGACACAAUAGUUUUGUUGAUUUAUCGUUGUUAUAUUUUAUGUCGAUUUAUCGUUGUUAUAUUUUAUGUCGAUUUAUAGUUGUUAGAUUUUAUAUUGAUUUAUAGUUGCUAGUUGCUAUAGCUGCAAUAUAGGGCAGCAUUGUAUACUGCUAGUCAGUGAACGAUGGUGGCUGAAUUGGUUGCUUCAUUGCUUGGGAAAAGUCAGUCAGUGAAGCUAAUCUCAUCUGUUAAUAGUCCUUGUAAACUAAAAUAAAGUAACCAUUUCUUUAAAUGGGAGUUGUUUUUUGUGACCUCAAAAUUUUACUAUGCAUUUGACAACAUUUGUUUCUAUAUAAAACACACAUUGCAAAUAUGAUUUGGCCACAACCGCAAUUAAUAGACUUGGAAAUUCAUUUCAGACCAACUGUAAUUUGGCCCUCUCUGAGCAGAUUGGGUGAAGGCAUUUCCAAUUUCUCCUAGUGAAAGAGCAGCUGGCUGAGGCUGUAGGUUAGUGGGAGUUGCUUCUAGUGGCCAGCAAUCUUCCUCUCCUUGAUGGCACACUGCAUGUAGCACCUGGUGCCUGGGUGGGGUGGUGGCAGUGAAAGAGGUCCUUUCUUACCAGAAUGUGUGGCUGGAAGUGGAUCUGUAGGACAGAAGGGCUGUUGAUCUCUCAGACAGCAGGGCUAUCUAUCUAUUGAAAAGCACACUUCAACAGACAUAUUGACACCAAUUAGGCGAAUGGUUGUGACAGCAGGUAGGAACCAAUCUGCGUGUUGGAUUUGUUGUCACUGAUGGAGCUGCUAACAUGGCCAAAGCUUUGUGUGUUCUACACACAUCCUACAUCCUACAUCUUGUAGUAAAAGGUGCAAUUCAGUCAAACAACAAAAAGGUGUUAACCAUACUUGAGCAUUGCAGAAGGAUUACUGGUUUACUCCCCACUGAUCCCCAAUUUUGAUCAUUCAAGACAGCAAAUGGAAAACGAUUGCAAUCAAUCAUUCUAAAACAUUCUCCCACCUCCUGUUUUUAUAAUACAGAUAUAUAAUAAUAAAAUAUUGUCAAUUCACUUCUGCCAUUGCAAAAUGGCUGAUACUGCAUAGUCAUUAGACUAGGCAAUAAUGUAGCCAUUUUUACAUGCCAGUACAGUUCUAGUCCCCCCUUUUCUGCUGUUUUGGCUGUCUGAAAGGCUUUCCUGGAUAUUGUUUGUUACUGAAAUUUGACCAACAUGGGCAGCGACAUGAACUAAAUUCUGUUUACUCAAAGUUUUUAUUUCUCUUGAAGUGUUUCGGAGGAACCAAAAAUUUACACCUCGCACAAGUCUAGUAAUUAACACUAGCUAGCUUGGCACAUUUAAAGACACAGUAGCAGAGUUAGAUUAGAAUACCUCUCUACCUAGGAAGGCUGCCUGAUUGGGACCCCCACCUAGAGCCCUAUGCAUAGUGUUUCAUACUCUACCACCCAUAGUAUCUCUCCAUAUGCCACCUCCCCCCAUAGUGUUUACAUGUGUGCUGUCUUUGUGUAAUAUGUGUGCACUGCUGAGUGUAUUGUUUAUGUGUGCUGGCAGGUUGUGCAUCAUGUGUUUCAUGUGUUUUGCACUGCUGUUGUUAACCUUUUUGCAAGUGGGAGCCUGAGGUACUAUUCCUUGUGGUCCAACAGAUGUCCUUUAUUUCUGAUGGUACAGCAGGAAUCCUGGAUCCCUGAUUGAUGAGCCUGGGAGUGUGUGGUCUGCACCUCUUAUCGGUGCGGGCCACUGUAAUUGCUCUUUCUGGUCCAGCAAUCAGUCAUGAGUUGGAGAGCAACCUAAAAUUACUUGGGACUGUUCUCUCACUAACUCAUUGAGCUCCAGAAUUUUGAAGGAGCACUUAAAGUGGUCUGCAGCACUCUUCUUUGCCCCCCAGACCACGCUCUCUCUGGCCCCCCAAUGUCUCCUGAACAAGGGCCCGGUCAUGACACAGAUAUGUAUUUACAUGAGGGUGCGUGGCUAGGCCCCUGUUUGAUUCCAUGGCCCUAGGUGCACACCUAAUGGGUAAUCCAGCUAUGUACAAUCCAGACUGCAAAACAUCUAUGUCAUAACUCAUUACCAAAACAUAAAAAUUUCUGAGAUGAGUCCCCAUUAAAGUGUGUUUGGCUUCAGUUCCCCAAACUGACAUAAUGUGCCGGACUAGGGUACAGUCCUUCUGGAAUCAAUGCAAAAUACCUUCACAUGAACAUCCAGAAAUAAGAAUAUUAUUCUAGACGAUAGUACAUAUGACCGGAUUCUGAGGGUCUAUAUAAAUGUAGUAUAUAUUCACAAAACCAUACACAUUAAUAGUGUUUGCUAUUACCGACUUUAAAAGUUCUAAAUAAAAAUGGUUUCUCUCUAGGAACUAGACAACAAAUAAAGUUGUUAUGGGCAAUAUUCAGUUCUACUGCACGUUAUACACAUUAUUAUUUUGAAAGGUGCUACUACCUAUGGAGAAACAAUAAUAUAAAAAGGGAAAUGCUAAAAAAAAUAGCUCUGCACGGUUUAUAACUGCAAUGCAAAGAUGCAUUGGUUUGAGGGCAUUGCUUUAUCCAGUUAUUAUGCGUAUGUAAUUACAAGCGUGAGGCUCUGGAGCUAGCAGGCAGAGAGAUUUGCCGUAGGGAGAAAACAAGAUUACAUUGUUGGUAUUAAUUGCCCAUCAUGCAACACAGCACUACACUAUAUACAAAUAUCCAUACAGCAUGAUUAAUGCUUUGCACAAAACAAUACAAAAUUAUCUCUUUCAACUGACAUCUAUUUUAAUAAGAACCACAACAUAAUGAUUGUCUAUAAUAUACCGUAACUUCUGUAGCAUAUAACUAUGAUCUUAUCAUUUAGAUAGAGUCAUGUAGGGGACUGCUACAGUAUCAGUGAUACAAUGGAAAUCUAAAGCCUCAGGGUUCCUCUGUUUAAUUGCCCCAAAAAACAAAGGGGCUGAUAACUUUAAUUGCACCCUCACAGGUGUUUGUGCUCCCUUGCAAUCUAAUAUUGGCAAACUAAGUUGUCAAACUGUUGGCAAGAGGUUUGACUAUUAACUAGGGUUGUGCUAGGGCACUCAUGCCACUAUGACCACUACAGGGUGCUGAAGUUGUUAUGGUGCUUGGAGUGUCCAUUGACCUGUUUAGCAUAUUAUUAACCCAGUUCAAUCAGAACCAUAACCUACUUACUUACAGCAAUACGAGCAUGUAUUCUAUUAAUAUAUUUAUGCCUGAUAUAUGGUUAUGUUUAAACAUUCAUGCAUAUAUUUUAUUUAAAAAUACAUAGUGUGUUUGAUGGCACCUAGACUUGUGCAGUCAUUUUAAAAUUAAUUGCAAUUCAUCUAAAAUUUGGAUGAUCGUCAGGUCAUGCAAAUUGCAGAACUACAGAACAGCCACAUUUGAUGUUCACUUGUGUUAUUGUCCUUGACUUGGCUUCAAGCGCUAUUCUCCACUAACCCAUUGAGUUUCUGGUGAAGGUUCUUAGUGUGUUGUGGACCUUGUAUAGAGCCAUGCAUUCCAGAAUCCGUAUGUGUGGCAUUGUGUCAUAAGCUUCCUAAUAGCUAAUCCGGGUUGUCUGUUCUUGAAAUCCUGUUUGACUGCUUCAACUAUCAGCAGUUUGUGUUUUGUGUCUCUGGUGUUGUUUCUAAUGCUCCUUUGAGUAUUGCUCAUGUACUGACUUGGAUGCCCACCAGUCUUGGAGGCUAUGAUGCCUGACAGGACCUUCCAUGUUGUGGGGAGGCGGGUGAUUGGUUGGUAGUUCGAUGAUGUUGUUCCUAUUUGAGGGUCCAUGACCACUUAAUGACCAGUAUUGUGUUAGCUAGCAAGGGUAGAAGUCUGUUGCUGGUAGCUGGUUCAUUUGUGCUGAUAUGCGUUUAUGCAUCGUUGUUAAUUUCUUUAACUAGUAGAUGUGGAUCAUGUUAUGUUCUAGUUCUGACCAACUCCUUAUGUGGGCUACUAAGUUGUUGGAUAUCUUUUACUGUGAUGGUGACUGGUUCCUGUUCUGGAAGCAUAUAGUCUGCUUUCAGGUCUAGAAACCACUGGGCCUUUGUGUUAUGUGAUGCCUCUUUCUCACAGAUGUUUUUCCAGUGCUGUUUGGCUCUGGUUAGAUCUAAAGUGGUUAUGUUGUUACACCGCAGCUGUGUGUACACCUUGACUGGUUGUAGUCAAGCUAUUGGAGGAUAAGUGAUGGGACAUACAUGUGCUUGUUGGUGUCUGUGAUGGUGUUAGUUGGGAUUGCUUCAACAAAUGUGGGACAUUAGAGAACAAACCAGGGAUGGUGGAACAGGAAAUAUCUAACCAAACAGCUCAACAACCCAGUGAGAAUACAAAAUUAUCUCUUUCUACUUAUAUCACUGUAGAGAAAAGAUGCCUCCAAAUUUUCAAUACUUAAUUAAACAAUCAAAAAACACGUUGAAUAGUACUGCUAAAAAAAAACUACAGUUGAGUGUAUAUAUGAAUGCACUCACACAAUUUACUAGAUACAAAUGCAUAUCUCCCAUCAAAGGGUAUGAUACCACCACUGGAAAUGCACUUACAAGUCAUAAAAUGAAAAUCCCGUAUCACCAUACAGUGAUCUUUGGCUAUUUUACUUGUCCUCCCUGCCCUGGAUUACAAGAUUUUGGGAGCAUUAGGACAUUGUAUGAUGAUUUUCAUUUGAUGUUUUGUAAGUGCACACCAUGUUCCGCUUUUUUCGCUUUGUCUAUGUACAGAGGGAUAUUUAAUAAAGAAGACAUCCAGUGGUGGCAUCAUACCCUUUGAUGGGAGAUCCGCAUGGUGGGACUCUGAAUUUGGGAUGGCCAUGCCAGAUCUGAGAGAGGAAUGCAGUGUACCAUUUUUUUUUUUUUGAAUUCUUUAAUUUUGUUGUGCAUGUUCACAGAAAAAUAAUGGUAAAGACAUAUAAAGUUUGUCAUGAGAGGAGAACAUUUCCAUCAGUGAAUGUGUACAUGUUGUAAACAGCACAUUUUUAGUAAUUUAGAAUAAGACUUACUAAGUGCAGAGCUGAAUGAACAAGAAAGAAUAAAACAGGUAGCUUAGUUGACACUUAGGUUAACAGGAGCCACGUCUACUGAGUGAAGCCUACAACAUGAGAGAGUCCUUCAGACAGCUUAGAUUAAACAAACACCCGACCUGCGAGGCCAGUGGCAGGACAGGCGUGAGUCCAGCAUGAUGUGUGUUGAGAGAAGAUAGAAGCGGGGUGUGUAUAAGGGUUAGGCAUCAUGCCUACAUGUAGUCAUGGACUUCUCUGAGCAGUCAAACAGUAACUGGAUGUCAAUGUAUUCUAAAUAUUGAGUUGAUGCUGGUUUUGCGUUGUGAUUGGAUCGUUCCAAAAAAAUGUACUUAUUGUGUCUUUUUAUUGGUGUGUUUUAUUGAUGAGGGAAAACCAGCUAAAUCAGAUUAUGCAGUUGUGCAAAUAUCCAGGUUCUCUUUAGGUAACUACAAAAACAGACCUCCUCACCUCCCAGGUAAGCGCAGGGUCCCCUACUGCAAGCAACAUUUGUUUCCCAAAAAAAUCAAAUCACAUCACUCUCCUUAGUGCUUACUAAAUUGUAUUUAUCUGAUUAAAAAUGCAAAAUAAUGAAUUAAAAUGUGCUUUGCAUUUAAUUAAUUUGAAUGUAAAAAAAUAUUUUGUUGGUAACGUAAAAAAAUUAAAAAAAUAAACAAACAUCUGCACGGAUAAUGUUUUUUUACUCUUUCUAGUUUGUUGCAGCCAACUUGCGACUGUGUGAAUUAAUCUAACGGCAUUCGCUGGUAUUAUGGCUUUAAGAAAAUGUAAAAGCUUUAUAAAGGAAAUGCUUUCUAACCAUUAAUGAUGGUGCAAUAGCUUGCUGAUGUUUAAGGAUAUAAGUGUUUUUUGUGAUAAAACGUCUAGGGCAUUUCAUUACUAUGCGUGUUCAAUUUCCAUUACAUAUUACUGAUACGUUGUUAUGCAGUGUAUUUUAAACCUUACAUCCAAAUGUGCACUGUUGUCAGGUUAUAAAUUAAUUAUAUUUCCAUAAUACAUACACUGUGCUGUGGCACAACCAAGUUAUGAAUAUAUAACAUCCCUUUUAACUCUAUAUAAAUGAUACGUAAUUAUGAAAGGAUUUCAGCACUUUGGGAGAACCAACGAGUAGAAAACGCUUUGCUUCAGGGAGGAGAAUUGCAUUUAAACUCUUCUUGUUUGCUAGCUGGCUUGCUAAAUAUAAAGCACGGUCAAAAUAAACUCCAACAGCUGAUAAUAUGUUAUUCAAAUUAAGUAAACUGCAAACUUUGCAGACUGCAAAUUAACUGAUUAUAUUAACUGUAAGAAAUUCAAGUACAGUGGUACCUCGGUUUACAAACGCCUCGGUUAACAUAAUUUUAGGUUUACAAAUGAAAAUCCAUUGUAAAUAAUGCCUUGGUUUACAAUUUUUUUUUCGCAAAACAAAGUGAAAUUUCCCCAGGAUGUAUUGCACCUGGGAGGUUUAUAACGCCGUCCAUGUGCAUGGUGGAGUCUGUGGGUACCCCAUGGCGUUGAGUGUGGAGUUGUUGGAGGUGUUGGAGCGGCUUUUGCAUCGAGUUUUGGAGCCAUUCUGGAAUUUUUUUGCAGUGGUUUUGUGACUUUUUGGAACUUUUUUGGUGCAUUUCUCAAGCAGUGGAAAGGUAGGGAGCUGAGCUUUGUCGUUUGCAUGCCUUUUACUGUAUGUUCUGCAUUGUGGGUUGGUUUCCAUGCCAGCUCAUUUUGACUUUUUUCUGACCUCCAGAAUGGAUUAAUUGGUUUUCAUUGCAUUCCUAUGGCAAACCGAGUUUCAGUUUACAAAUUUUUCGCGAUAAGAAACGUCACGGAGAACGCAUUAAAUUCAUAAACCAAGGUAUCCCUGUAUAUGAAUUGUUUUAAAAUAAAUAAUAUGUUAAAUUACAGUUUUAAGUCAACUUUGUGAGUUAAUUGCUUGAAAAUGUAUUUAAUAUUUAUUUUGCAUAUGUAGAUUUGUAUAUAUUGGAAAUAAGCCCCAGGGGUCGCUGAUUUCUAAUGUUCCUUUGUCUUGUUUUUUUCUAUUCCAUUUAGGUAAAACAAAACGUUAAAUCUUGAAUUUGCUAAUAAAGAAAAUGUGUUCAACGAAUCCACAGAGUUGGGUGACUUUUGAUGAUGAAAAUUCAUUUCAACAUCCGCAGAAAUCUCAGAUAUUUUCUCACGAUGGCAUCUAUGCUCCUAAAUCAAGUGGCCUUAAACUGAGCCUAUCAAAUGAACAGAUAAUGAGCCUUUCUUCCUCUAACCCUACAACUCCUCAUAUUUCUCCUGUGAUUGAUUUUUUUAUAAGUCCAGGUCCUCCAAACAAUACACCCAUUAUAGAUUUCCCAGGAACACCUUGCACUCCAAAAGGGGGUACCUCUAACCUUUAUCCUAUUACAGAAAUAUCACAGAUGUUAUCAGAGGUACCUAACACAUUAGCAAACAGUGUGAUGCCAAGUAGUCCGUUAUCCUCAAGUUCUCUUGUUUCAGAAUCUUCGCUUUUGAAUGACACUACAGAGUCUAAAAGUAAUUUGGGUCACCACCUACAAACGGAAAACUCUAAGUAUUUUCAAAGUGACUGUGCCUUUUCAAGUCCGUUUUGGAAUAAAGAUGUCACAGACAUUAUUCCGGCAUCUCAAGAGCCCAUAACAAAGUACACAGAUAAAAAGGAGAAAAAACAGGAAUAUAGCUCAUCUGAAAAAGUAACUUUAAACAACCAGAAAAGUCUAAACCAGAGUUCUUUUGGUUAUAUCUGUGAAAGACUUCAGCACUUAAAGACUGACGCACCUGUCAAUUUGACAGACCUACCUGUAUGUUCAGAAAGAAACAGCCCAUCAUUUCUUCCACUAAAUCUUUUUCGAAGUCAGAGAAGAGAUGGGUGGCCUUUCAUGCUAAGGAUUCCUGAGAAAAAGAACAGAAUGUCUUCUAGGCAGUGGGGACCUAUAUACCUAAAGGUUAUAGCAGGUGGAAUACUGCAAAUGUUCUAUGAAAAAGGCCUUGAAAAACCAUUUAAAGAAUUUCAGCUCCAUCAGUUCUGCAGGCUUUCAGAUCCAAAACUAGAGAACUUAGGUUUUUCAGAUAAAAUACACACUGUAAAAAUUGAACACAUAACAUACAUAGAGAAAAAGAAAUAUAAUCCAAAACCUGAAGUUGUCCAUGAGGCAGAAGUCGAGCAAAUGUUAAAACUGGGAACUACUGAUUAUAGUGACUUAUUGGACUUUAUCACAACAAUAGAAGAGGAAUUUAUGCUACUGUCUCCAGUAUCAAAACCUGGAAAAGUUUACGAAGAGCCAAAAAUGGUUGUGGAACUAGUGGACAAUUUCUGGGGAGAGAUUAACAAAGAAGGAAGACUUACAGGAAGUACUGUUAUUUGUCAGGUAUUUUGCCUUUGUUUUAUAAACAGUGGCACUGAAUGUUUUUUAACAUUAAACGAUGCCGAUUUACAAAAAAUAUCUAAAAACUACUUUGAAAAGGACAAUGACAAAACCUGGAUUAAUAUUUGUGAGUGCCAUUUACACAAGUGUGUUAGAAGUCAGGAGUUUCAGACAUCAAGGAUCAUCAAGUUCACCCCAGUUGAUGCCUGUAGGUUUGAGCUAAUGCGCUUCAAGACUUGUUUAAAUGGACAAGAGCCUCCCUUUUCUCUGAAAACUGCAGCAAUAGUACAGGGAGCCUAUGUAGAACUCCAAGCUUUUAUAAAUAUGUCCCCGAAUGAUGUAGCGUCUUCAUUUUUAAACACUACACACUAUUGCGAAAGUAUCACAAUCCACUUCCCAGUUCCAGAAGCGUGGAUGAAAGCUCUGUGGACUGUUUCCGUUCAGAGGCAAAGGUCUCUGAAAACAAAAAUGAAUAGAAGAGCCUGUCUUGGAUCCGCAUAUGAAAUUGAAUCUGAACCCGUAAUACAAGUAACUAUUGGAACAGCAAAAUACGAAAGCGCGUAUAAGGCUGUCGUGUGGAAGAUUGACCGGUUACCAGACAAAAAUACUAGUAAAUAUAUCUUUAGACCAUGUACUGCAGAUUCUCGAUUGGUGCCAAACCCUUAAAACAAAACAAUUAGAGACAGAACAUUCCCAAUUCAUUGUAUUGCCAGUAAAUUAUUUAAGCUUGUAUGUUGUGACCAAAUGGUGGUACUAAAAUCCUCAAUUAUUAGUAAUCUGUAAAGUUUGGAUAUAGAGAAUUUGUUAAAUUUCAGAGUAAAAAAAUAUAACAAAGUCUGCAGUUAACAAACAUAAACGCAACAUAGUUCUGCAAAUUUUAAUGCACAUCUGUUAUUUGUUUGUUUACUUUAAUUGAUAGAUAGACCGCCAUUUUAUUGAAACUAUACUUCCACAUGAUCGUAACAUUUUUGUACAGCAUGUGCAUGUGUGGUGGUGCUUAGAGGAUACAUGAACAAAUCUCAAGUAAAUUAUAUGAGACCUCUCAUAUCUUUCUAUAAAAAAGCAUUGCAGAUAUCCAAUGCUAUGUUAGUCUCCACAUGCACUACUGACAGAAAUAUAGGUGAACAUAGGUGAAUACAAGUAUAACAAGGCCCGGCUUAAUUGUACGAAGACAUCGACAGGUGCAGAUCAGUAUAUAACCACCUCACUUAGUGGCCAAAAAUAAUAUCUCACUAUAAAACCCCAGGAGCACUCCAUAAAUGAAAAAAGUUAUAAACAAAAAGUUUUUUUUUCUUUCAAUAUAAAUUUUUAUUGAAAUUUGUUUCUCUUUUUUUCAACAAUUUCCCCCCCCCCAAACAAAUUUAAUGUUUCAUAUCAAAUGUUUUUGUAUAUCAUAUGACAUAAUGAAUAAUUUAAAAAAUGAAAUACUCCAUCAAUAUGCUCUCACUAACAUUGCAAAAGUGUCACAUUAACAUAUUCCAAGCUGUACAAAAUAUUUCACUAUGUGACAAUCAAACAGCAGCAGUGUGUGUUUGAAUUAACUCUAGCAAUCGCAACUUAAUAUCGUUUACUGUAGUUCAACCGUGUAUUAUGGGAGAGUAAGGAGACAUAGGAGGCUUAGAAGGGGAAAUGUCUCUUUCUUAUACCUAUUCUUGACUUCCGGAUUAUAAAUAAAGGACAUCCUACCACGCUAAGGUGCUAUUUGUUCCAGCUAUCCCAUCUCUUAUAAAACUGGUUAAUAUUAUUGGAGAGUUUACGGGAGAUAGCCUCAAACUCUUUUGUAAAUUACCCUUUAGCAAUAAUUUUCGGCACAUCGGGAAUUUGUCUACUUUUCCACAUCCCAGCUAUACAUAUUUCAGCCGCUAUAAAAAUAUGAAUAAUCAAUGUCGCCUUACACUGAGGGAUUUCUUUGGGAAGUAUAUGCAAACGAUAGGUAGCUUAACCAAUGGUAUUUUGUGCCCGACUACCUCUUUGAUCAGACUUUUGAUUGACAACCAAUACGCAUACAAAUAUGAGCAAUUCCAAAAGAUAUGGCUCAAAGAGCCCACCUCCAUAUUACAUCCCCAACAUGCAGACAGACGUUGGGGCGUUAAAUACCACCUCAUCCAAAUUUUAUUCGUAGCUUCUAUACACAAUUAAAAUCCCCACAUAUGUAUACCUGUCUAACCUUUAAUUUUGCUACUUUACCAAAUGCCUUCCGUAAAAUUCAAUCUGAUUAGCAUUAGGGGCAUAUAAAUUUGCUAUUGUCACAUCUAUUCCGUUCAGAACUCCCACCAGGACCAGUAUUCCCUCUUUAAAUUCCUUUGUGCAUACAAACACCCAGUCUGCAUGAAAUAAUAUGCUGACGCCUUUUGUUUUGUUCGGCGCAAAGGGAUGAUAUACUGCAGGAUAUUUAAACAAACCAAAAACUGGUGGCCGGUGUGCACAAAAAUGUUGGAACAAUAACCUUCUGUUGUGUGGCAUAUUAAGCCCAUUAACAUUAAAAGAAAGUAAUUAAAACUCCUGAGCCAUGAAAGUUGAAAAAUAUGCAAUCUUUGUUUUUACCACACUUCUGCUUGAUUGUUCCACACUCCUCGUCUCCUUCCCCCCACAUCUUCCCUAACCACACUGCACUUGUGUAGUCCAUUUCUUCCAAUACACGCAUAAGUUAGGGCAUAUGUGUGUGUUGGAAGAAAUGAAAAGUUUUUAUUGACAUUCAAAAUCCAGGGAUUUAUUUUGCCAUUAUUUAUUUAUUUAUUAUUGCCAAAAACAUACUUUUUAAUUAUGAACUACUAACAGAAAGCCAGUGUAUAACAUUUUGAGCUCUGUUGAUUAUAGGUACACAGGACAGAUGUAUGGAAUUACAGAAUAUAUGAUGUACAAAUUAUCCUUGUCUCAUAACUGGUCACCAAAGAUGAAGUUCUUGCACUAAGUUCCACACACGUCUAGACUUGUAAGAGAGGGUAAAAGAUAAAAGGUUGGAGGGCAUCAAAUAAUAUUCCUAAAAUUAAGUCCCCAAACUAAUGUCUUCUUUGUGAUAAGAUAAUACAUGGCAAAUAUAAUAUCUAUACAAGACUUUUUAUCUGGAAGGUCUAUGACAAAUUAAGUAAUGACAAAACAGGCAAUCAUUGAAAAUGACACUACAGAUUCUGUUAACUGGAAUAUAGGCACCUAGACCACUUAAUCUCCAUUAAGUCGUCUGGGUGCCAUCCCCCAGAAAUAUUGCCAUGUGUACAGGCAAUGUUUUCAAUGCAGGGUUAAUAAGCCUUUAUUGGCUGUCAGAGACUAGAGGCGCUUCUGCCUAUAAACUUGGUUAUAGAUCAAAUGGCUCACCUAGAGUGCAAAGUUUUGCUGUGCAUGCGCACUAGCUUUGCGAUGCUUCCCAGCGAAGCAUUGGAUUUGCAGACAUUAUAAAUCUUGAUGAUCUCAGCCAGGGAUGCAGAACAGCAGCACCGAUACCAGCGUUCCAUGGGAUAAGUAAAGUUUACCUUUUAAAUUCCUCAAGGGUGGUGAGUGAACACCUUCAUAGAUAGGGGAACACUAUAGCGUUAGAAAUAUUUGUUUGUAUUCCUAAAAUCAUAGUGGUGUUUCUUUAAUCAUACCAUAUUCACCACCAGAAUUUAAAACAUCGUAGCCAACCACUCCUUGCUCCUGAUUGCGAUGUAGUCAUACUGAUAUUGUAAAAAACUGUUUAUAAUGUAUGAAAGCCUGUGCCUUACAUUUUAACAAUAGUGUGUUACUAUUGACCAACCUUUGUGGUGUGAAGAGGUCAGUUAUGAUAUAGUGACAUAUUCCUAUAGUUCGGUGUUUUAAAUCUCCAUUCAUCAGAAUAUUUUCUCUUCUUUAAAGGUUACGAUCAGCCACACAGCUUGUCCUGCAAACUGGAGCUUGGUUCCGACCUAGAGAUACCAAACAAUUGGAACCCCGUUGCAACAGUGAAGUAUUUUAUGCCUAGUGCAUGCAUCUCUGGAGCAGAGGUGAAAUCAAUGGGAAUUGAAAAUGAUAUUCAGCCUCAUAAACACGUCAUUCAGAAAGCUUGCUACAACAUCCAGGUAUUAUUGAUUUCCACAUUUAACUUGAAUUGUUUACAUUAUAAAUACAUUCCCAUUAUAAGGGAAAGGGAUAUAAGAUUGCCGGCAGCUAUUCGUUGGGACUUUACACAUUUUGAUUAAUCUUUAAGAGUGGCAACGUUUUACAACGUAAGAAAUCUCUUGUCAAUAUGUGAUUCAGUCACAGUGCAGUAACUAAUGUAUCGGCUCAACUUGUGUCUGAACCAGAUGGGUAAUGAGAACUUUCUUAUGUACUGCGCAUAAUUUUAUACUGGCAAUCAUAUCUUUUUUUUUUUUUACUGUUUUUGGUGCUCAAAAUAAAUAGGAAAUACAUAAAACUAAUAUGAUUUCUUUGCAGGAAAAACUCCUUACCAAUUUUUUUUUUUUAUUCAUCUGUGCAUAUGUAACAUGUUCUGCUUGUUAUGGCAAAUGAAAACAAUACUGCAUAAUGGGUGAUGUCACAGAUGCAUUAUCUUUUUGUAAUGCACAGUUUGAAUGACACUGUAUAGUAUAGGGGCCCCUAGUUGGAGUUAGCCCCCUAAAUGGCAGCAGCUAUUAACAACUACUGUAAUUAAGCCUGCUCCCUAUAAUGAUAGCGUAGGAGAUGUACGGAGGAGACAGACACAGUGCAAUUCUGUUUCCCCAUCUUUUCCAUGAGCAUAUCAUUAUCGAAAAAGGAGUUAAAGUGAUAGAAUAUCUCCAAACAAUCUAGGGCACGCUGAGAUAUGUAUGUUGCAGUGCCACGAAAUGAUGACGAAAUCCUAAGCCUAUACUAAACCAUAGAGAGAUCUCUAUUCUCUAUACCUCCCCUACCAAUACUUCACCCAAUCCUGCUUCCUACUUGUUCUAUGCUCCCUUGGACCUUCUAUGAAAGCAGAGGUUUUUUUGCUCUGCUUUGGUCCUCCAGCCCCACCACUUGUUCCCUCAUUCCGAUUCCCUCACAUCUCACUUGCUCUCUGUCUCCUGCUAUUGUUCUGCCCCUCACUAAAAUAUUCAAUCUCUUCCUCUCCUCUGGCAUAUUUCCUUCACCCUUCAAGCAGGCAACCAUCUGCCUGAUUCUACAAAAUUUCCCCUUGACCCUAAUUCCCUAUCCAACUACUGCCCUAUCUUGCGGUGACUAUUUGCCUCCAAGAUUCUCGAGAGAGUUGUGAACACUAGAUUCUUUCUGCUCUACCUGCUUCAGUCAGGAUUCUGCGCUAGUCACUCUGUCGAAAUGGCCCUGACCAAAAAAAUCAGUGCUUGCUACUCUCUUCUAAUUCUCCUUGAUCUUGCUGCUGCUAUUCUAAUAACUGUUUUUUUCCUGUACAUGAAAUACGUUGUGCUCAAAAGUUUGCAUACCCUUGGAGAAUUGGUGAUUUAUGCACCAUUUUUAAAGAAAACAUGAGUGAGCAGGCAAAACACAUUUCUUUUAUUACUUAUGGGAUUCAUAUUCAACUGUAGGUUAUAACAGAAUGGCACAAUCAUAAAACAAAACAUGGCAACAAGGAAAAAAAUUAAAUGAUCCCUGUUCAAAAGUCUGCAUAACCUUAGUUUUUAAUACUAUGUAUUGCCCCCUUUAGCAUCAAUGACAGCGUGCAGUCUUUUGUAAUAGUUAUCUAUGAGGCCCCUAAUUCUUGCAGGUGGUAUAGCUGCCCAUUUGUCUUGGCAAAAUGCCUCCAGGUCAUGCAAAGUCUUAGGUCGUCUUACAUGAACCGCACAUUUGAGAUUUCCCCCUGGUGGCACGCAUUCAGCCAGUCUCAUAGCUUUCCUAUGGACGCUGGUGUCUUCACAGUGAGAAGCACGCAAACGCCUCUAGCGGCUGUCAAUGAGACAGCCACUAGAGGCUUUAGAGGCUGGAUUAACCCAUUUAUAAACAUAGUAGUUUCUCUGAAACUGCUAUGUUUAUAAAAAAAAAAGGGUUAUUCCUAGAGGGACCUGGCACCCAGACCACUUCAUUAAGCUGAAGUGGUCUGGGUGCCUAGAGUGGUCCUUUAAGCUUGUUGCUAAUAUUGAUACAUACCUUUCUGUACUUUGGACCAUACCACUCACAUGACUGUGAAACCAUACAAUAGUCAUACUCCGAAUGGGCUUAAACAUACUGUCUGUCCAGAGGGAGAGGCAAGGCUGGUUGAGAUGAGAACGUGCAGUUCAAAUUCAGUCUUAGAACUGAGAGAUGAUUUUUUUCACUAUCAACUUGUAAAUCAUACAAACAUGUCAGUUCCUUUUUAAUUAGACAUCAGUGAUGGCGAUUGGUGUAACUAAUGCUGCAGAAUUUAUUAUUAUUAUUUUUUCAAAAAAUCUGCUUCCCAAUCUUUUUUGUUACUAUUUAUGUGUAACGGUGGCCCUAUAGAUCAUAACAUGCCAUCAAUACAUUAUACUGCAUUGAGCUGUGUCACAUUGUCAGUUUAGUAUAUUACCCGCUAAGAACAACCAAUAAGAACUAUCUAGAACAUUUGAGGUCAAUUUGGUGUCAUAAGCUGAAACAUGUCUCUUCAAUGAUACAAACAUUUCCAAUUAGCGUGACAGCAUGUGAAUCCUGUGUGCUACAAUGGGUAAAGUGAAUCAUUCUGAGCCCAACAAGGUGACACCAUAACAUUGACACUGUAAAGAUGUCUAUCGCUGUAGUGGACAUUUACAUUUGAAGGCACUUUAUUUUGACAAAGGAAGAGUUAACUAAUUGAAUCCAGAGGGAGCUGAUAAAAAAGUACGAGUCAGGAACAUGUCCCUCUAAGACUCACAUAGACAGAUGAAGAUCUGAUGAAGACAAUUGUACAGCUUGGCAAAAUGCAACAGUGGGGGAGCUGGGAUAAUACUUUUCAGUUAAUGAAACAUCAACAUUAAAUUUGCUGGACUCAUCAUUUCCCCCCCAUAGAUAUCAUUCUGCAAAAUUGCUGGCGUAGGUAUCUCGUGCAAGCUGUGUAACUGUAUCCUAAAACGUGAUUAAAUGUUUAUGAAUUACUAUUCUGUAUUCAAGGAUGAUGUUAACCCCAGGUGCUGAAAAAAAAAAAGAAAGAAAGAAAUAAAAGAAAAAGACGUUAAAUAUUUUCAUUUUAGAAUUGAUUGUUUUCCGAGAACUGCUAAAAUGAAAAGCAAAAAGAUAACCUAUUUUUUCUUAUCAUGUUUACUUAUGUUUUCAUGUCGCAUUUUUUGGGGGUCGGGGCGGGGGAGAGGGGGUUAUUUGACAUUUUUGAAAAGUGCUAUUUUUUUUUUUUUUUUUACCAAGGCAUUUAAAGGACCACUAUAAUGCCAGGAAAACAAACUUGUUUUCGGGGCACUAUAGGGUCUUUAGGUCCACCCCACCCUCAGCCACUUACCUUAAUCCAGCGCCUCUCCUUCCCCUGCUGACGUCAGCGCCGAAUGCGCAUGCCCGACAAGAGCAGCGCGUGCAUUCAAACCGCCCAUAGGAAAGCAUUACUCAAUACUUUCCUAUGGACGUCCAGCGUCUUCUCACUGUGAUUUUCACAGUGAGAAUCGCGGAAGUGCCUCUAGCAGCUGUCAAUGAGACAGCCACUAGAGGCUGGAUUAAUCCUCAGUGAAACAUAGCAGUUUCUCUGAAACUGCUAUGUUUACAGCUGCAGGGUUAACAGUAUAGGGACCUGGCACCCAGACCACUUCAUUGAGCUGAAGUGGUUUGGGUGCCUAUAGUGAUACUUUAAUGUAUGUAUUUCAAGGACAGUUAGCAGACACCAGGAUCAGAACUAAAAUGUGUUGUGGCCCAAUUCCCAUUGCUCACAUAAUUGGAAUGGCAGUUUGUUAAGCAUUGCUAAACCAAGAUCAAAGAAAAUGCUAUCUAAUUUACAAAGAAAAAAACAAAACAACUAAUCCCAACUCAUGCACCUACAAAAAGAGUGAACUGUACACAUUGAUUCUAUGUUAGCUAGGCUGCGACAGAAGCAGCAAUCCAAGAUGGCGACGGAGCUGGAAGAUUCCUCGUCCAAAUCCGGAGAACAGCCUUUUGCUACGGUAGAAAACCUGCAGAUCAGGGCUGAUUUUUCUGCAACCGCUCUCUCAGCAGCAGAACCAGCACUGCCAUCUGCCAAUCUAGUUCUAUCGUUCAGAGCCGCAACUGAGGGCAGCACUAAAAUGGUUAGGUUAGUGUAAGAGAGAUAGCACUGUAGUAGAGAGGUUAGGUUAGUGUUAGAGAGAUAGCACUGUAGUAGAGAGGUUAGGUUAGUGUUUGAGAGAUAGCACUGUAGUAGAGAGGUUAGGUUAGUGUUUGAGAGAUAGCACUGUAGUAGAGAGGUUAGGUUAGUGUUAUAGAGAUAGCACUGUAGUAGAGAGGUUAGGUUAGUGUUAGAGUGAGAGCACUGUAGUAGAGAGGUUAGGUUAAUGUUAGAGAGCUAGCACUGUAGUAGAGAGGUUAGGUUAGUCUUAGAGAGAUUGCACUGUAGUAAAGAGGUUAGGUUAAUGUUAGAGAGAUAGCACUGUAGUAGAGAGGUUAGGUUAGUGUUCUAUAGAUUGCACUGUAGUAGGUAGGUUAGGUUAGUGUUAGAGAGAUAGCACUGUAGUAGAGAGGUUAGGUUAGUGUUAGAGAGAUUGCACUGUAGUAGAGAGGUUAGGUUAAUGUUAGAGAGAUAGCACUGUAGUAGAGAGGUUAGGUUAGUGUUCUAGAGAUUGCACUGUAGUAGGUAGGUUAGUGUUAUAGAGAUUGCACUGUAGUAGAGAGGUUAGGUUAGUGUUAUGGAGAAUGCACUGUAGUAGAAAGGUUAGGUUAGUGUUAGAGAGAUAGCACUGUAGUAGAGAGGUUAGGUUAGUGUUUAAGAGAUAGCACUGUAGUAGAGAGGUUAGGUUAGUGUUAUAGAGAUAGCACUGUAGUAGAGAGGUUAGGUUAGUGUUAGAGUGAGAGCACUGUAGUAGAUAGGUUAGGUUAGUGUUCUAGAGAUUGCACUGUAGUAGGUAGGUUAGUGUUAUAGAGAUUGCACUGUAGUAGAGAGGUUAUGUUAGUGUUAGAAAGAAAGCACUGGUUAGUGUUAUAGAGAUUGCACUGUAGUAGAGAGGUUAGGUUAGUGUUAUGGAGAAUGCACUGUAGUAGAAAGGUUAGGUUAGUGUUAUAGAGAUUGCACUGUAGUAGAGAGGUUAGGUUAGUGUUAGAGAGAUAGCACUGUAGUAGAGAGGUUAGGUUAGUGUUAGAGAGAUAGUACUGUAGUAGAGAGGUUAGGUUAGUGUUAUAGAGAUUGCACUGUAGUAGAGAGGUUAGGUUAGUGUUAGAGAGAUAGCACUAUAGUAGAGAGGUUAGGUUAGUGUUAGAGAGAUAGCACUGUAGUAGAGAGGUUAGGUUAGUGUUAGAGAGAUAGCACUGUAGUAGAGAGGUUAGGUUAGUGUUCUAGAGAUUGCACUGUAGUAUGUAGGUUAGUGUUCGAGAGAUAGCACUGUAGUAGAGAGGUUAGGUUAGUGUAAGAGAGAUAGCACUGUAGUAGAGAGGUUAGUGUUAGAGAGAUAGCACUGUAGUAGAGAGGUUAGGUUAGUGUUAGAGAGAUAGCACUGUAGUAGAGAGGUUAGGUUAGUGUUAGAGAGAAAGCACUGGUUAGUGUUAUAGAGAUUGCACUGUAGUAGAGAGGUUAGGUUAGUGUUAUGGAGAAUGCACUGUAGUAGAAAGGUUAGGUUAGUGUUAUAGAGAUUGCACUGUAGUAGAGAGGUUAGGUUAGUGUUAGAGAGAUAGCACUGUAGUAGAGAGGUUAGGUUAGUGUUAGAGAGAUAGUACUGUAGUAGAGAGGUUAGGUUAGUGUUAUAGAGAUUGCACUGUAGUAGAGAGGUUAGGUUAGUGUUAGAGAGAUGCACUGUAGUAGAGAGGUUAGGUUAGUGUUAGAGAGAUAGUACUGUAGUAGAAGGUUAGGUUAGUGUUAUAGAGAUUGCACUGUAGUAGAGAGGUUAGGUUAGUGUUAGAGAGAUAGCACUGUAGUAGAGAGGUUAGGUAGUGUUAGAGAGAUAGUACUGUAGUAGAGAGGUUAGGUUAGUGUUAUAGAGAUUGCACUGUAGUAGAGAGGUUAGGUUAGUGUUAGAGAGAUAGCACUGUAGUAGAGAGGUUAGGUUAGUGUUAGAGAGAUAGCACUGUAGUAGAGAGGUUAGGUUAGUGUUAGAGAGAUAGCACUGUAGUAGAGAGGUUAGGUUAAUGUUAGAGAGAUAGCACUGUAGUAGAAAGGUUAGGUUAGUGUUAUAGAGAUAGCACUGUAAUAGAGAGGUUAGUUUAGUGUUAGAGAUAUUGCACUGUAGUAGGUAGGUUAGUGUUAUAGAGAUAGCACUGUAGUAGAGAGGUUAGGUUAGUGUUAGAGAGAUUGCACUGUAGUAGAGAGGAUAGGUUAGUGUUAGAGAGAUAGCACUGUAGUAGAGAGGUUAGGUUAAUGUUAGAGAGAAAGCACUGGUUAGUGUUAUAGAGAUUGCACUGUAGUAGAGAGGUUAGAUUAGUGUUAGAGAGAUAGCACUGUAGUAGAGAGGUUAGGUUAGUGUUAUGGAUAUUGCACUGUAGUAGAGAGGUUAGGUUAGUGUUAGAGAGAUAACACUGUAGUAGAGAGGUUAGGUUAGUGUUAUGGAGAUUGCACUGUAGUAGAGAGGUUAGGUUAGUGUUAUAGAGAUUGCACUGUAGUAGAGAGGUUAGGUUAGUGUUAUAGAGAUUGCACUUUAGUAGAGAGGUUAGGUUAGUGUUAUAGAGAUUGCACUGUAGUAGAGAGGUUAGGUUAGUGUUAUAGAGAUUGCACUGUAGUAGAGAGGUUAGGUUAGUGUUAUGGAGAUUGCACUGUAUUAGAGGUUAGUGUUAGAGAGAUAGCACUGCCGUAGACCCGACCUAAAAAUUGGAAGCGCGACAAUGCUGAACCAUCUGCAUGCACCAGGAAACAACCCGCAAUCCCUGAGAGAACCCCCAUAUAGCCAGAAGAACAGAAAAGUGGGCAGACCCUUGAACCCGGCAGAGAAAACAUCCCUUCCCAAAACCAUCUGUCUUGGUCCGACCCAAACGAAUCUCAACCCUAUCCAUACACAGAGCAACAUCCUUCAUUGGAUCUCCCCAACAACAGCCCUAUUGGUGCUCACCAAUCCUGAAAGCUCCAAAAAACACCCACACAAAAGCAACCGAAAACACCACAUCAUAAGGCACAGCACAUACCUCCCGUAACACGGACACCAACCUCUGUAACACCUCAAAAGAGGUGUAUCCAAUGUUGUAUCCAACGUUUUCUUCCCCCUCCGAAAACCAUGCAGCACCUGUCGAAUUAGAAACUAUUUGGUAAGGUCCUCUCACCUGUUCAACUUAAACAAAAAAUGCCAACGCUGCCAUAUUCCGAUCAACCACCGAAGGAGACACCUGACGGGAAAACAACCGCCGUAUAAACCAAGCCUUCCAGACCUUCACAUAGGCAGACCACAUGCCCGCACCAAUGAGUUCCUUACGAGUCCCCCAAGCAGGAAGUCCUGAACGGCCACAUCUCCUUCGGACAGGCCUGACCCAACCCCCGUGCCCUGGGUACUUCCCGACGAAAACGGUAUCACUGUGAACGAGACAAUGCAUCAGCCAUGAUGUUCAAUAACCCAGGCACAUGACGGGCCCGAAAAACAAUGUUAAACUGCUGCAAGAGAUGCACCACCACUAUAGAGGAAGCUGACAAAUUAUGAAUGGCAUGGACAACCGCCAUGUUGUCCGAGACGAAUAUCACUUUUUCUAUCGCGAAAGGGACUCACCCCACAACGCCAACGCAACCACCAACGGAAAUAACUCCAGAAAAGCCAAAUUCCAUAUCAAAGGACUCAACUUCCAUGCCUCCCGUCACUGCUCCGCACCCCACUCACCUGCCAAAUAGGCCCCGAAACCCACGCUCCCAGAAGCAUCCGUAAACAACUCAGUCUCCUCUGACGAUGUUGCAGGCUCCUGAAAGAAAACCUUCCCAUUCAAAGCUCCCAAGAAGGUCUGCCACACCCCUAAGCCAGCCCUCGUGGACCCCGUGAUCCUAAUGUAGUGAUGGUGGGACCUGGCCCCACCCGUAGUUCUUGCCAAGAACCGGCUGAAGACCCUACCCAUAGGUAUCACUCGACACACAAAGUUGAGGCUACCCAGCAGCGAUUGUAAUACCCGAAGCGUAACCUUCUGCACACCUUGGAUGUCCCUAACCAAUUGACGAAGCACGACCAGUUUGUCCUCCGGCAACCAGCACUCCCCCUUCACUGAAUCGAUUUCCAGCCCAAGAAAACUGAGACAAGUGAUAGGACCCACCGUCUUGUCCACUGCGAGCGGCGACUUCAAAAAUAAAAGCCACACAUUCCAAAACCCUCAAAGUAUGACCGCACCGGUCGGAAUCAGCAGGACCCAUGCACAAAAGAAAAUCACCGAGGUAAUGUACAAUAGCACCCCCACAAGACUCCACCCUCACAACCCACCCCAAGAAGGUGCUAAACUUACACGAAGUACGAACCGUAAAAUGGACAGCCUAACAGAUGGUAAAAUGCUGGGUGAAUAGUCAGGAGUCAAAACGCUGACUCUACACCUGCCUUCACCAUCAGCGCCCCGCGCCCUGCUCUCCUAACCAACUCACGCCUUUCGGAUAUGACAAAUGAUGAAUCAAACUGAACUUACCCAUUUCCUUCUUAGAGACCACUCCCAGGGGCAAAAUCCAUAGAUCAUCCAAAGGUGGGGUCGCGAACGCCCCACCACCCUACCCAACUGAACUUUCUUAAACAAUUUGUCCCUAACUACCUCUGGGUGAUCCUGGCUGAUCUGAGGUUCUUACACACGCGCCCCACAAUUUUUUUCUUGAAUGGAAUAAAAAAAAUCAUGGAAAACCCCUCAAACAAGUCUUUCACUGCACCCUGAUCAGUGUAACGACUUAGCCAGGGUGCCAUCAAGCCUACCCUCACUGAGGUUGAUCCCAGAGGAAGUGGAAGGUGUUGCUGAUCCCCCAGCUCCCCCUGCGGAGGAAGUCUUACCUCUCCCCAUUUACAUUGGCCCUCUUAAAAGAGUCAGCAAAACCCCUUCUUUUGGCUGGCCGACGAUGAGGCACCAGCUCCCACGCCGGCCCCUCCCUGAAAGAGCACCGCCUUCUGAGCCAUCGUCAACUUCAUCCAGAACGAAAGGUCCAUCUAGUCUCACUGUAUCCCUGGAUUAGCCAACAGGCAUUGGCGGAACUGCUCAUCGUGCUUCCACCUAGCUAGACCCCCAUAUGUCCUAUAGGCCUCCCAUAUGUUGUCCAAAUAAUAUAAGAACUGCGAACAGCGUUCUGUAAAUUUCUCACCUAACAGACUUGCCAAGAUACAAAACGCUCUAAGCCAGUUCCCAAACAUCUUUUGUAUCUUACAAUACCGUCAAUGUUUUUCCUCCUCCUCCUUCUUGGUAUCUUUCUUGUCCUCCUCCUUCAGAAUAAGAUACUCCUCCAAUGGAUGGAGCAAAAAGAUUUCUAGGAAUUCCCCCCACUAUAUCUUCUCCUUCACGUCCAAUUUCAAAUGGCAACCCAAGAGGCCUGCGAAUGAAACAUGCACAUUCUGCCUCGCUACAUUUGGAAUCUCACCUGCCAAUUUUGCUCGUUCCCCAGCCCCCAAUGAAUCGCCCGAAGCUGAAGAAGACACCGUUGCCCCCUGCCCCCCCAGGUCGCUCCCGUCCACCGAACCGCCAGCUCCACCACCAACACCCGGAGGAUCCCAUACCCUGCUAAAGUGUGCCCUUUGCGCCCCCCCUUCCGACGAAGUGUUCAAAAAGGACUUCAGAUUGUCUAACAAAGACCCAGAGUGUGAUGCAAAAGAAGACUCACCGCCAGAAUCCCUGGCCGUCGAGGACCGUGGGGGACCAGUCCGUCCAUCCACCUCAAGAGGUUCAGGAAUUGUGGCAUUCCUCUGACGUCUCACAUCCUGGUCCUGCCUCAAAACCGUGGGAGAAAGGGCAGAAACCAACACAGACCUGACAGACAACUAACAGGUAAGUGAAGGUUAAUUAAAAAUGGCCACUACCUAAAAUAGCCGCGCUAUAUAUAUAUAUAUAUAUAUAUAUAUAUCACACAAACCCCACCCCCACCAAGCUAAUGACCUAAUUGACAUGGUUGCUAUGCCUAUUUCCUGGCCUUGUCAAGGCCCAUCCCCCUCUCUUUGCUGUUCCAUGGGCUACAUUUUGGUCUUACAAAGAUUUUUCCAAGCACAAUGUUAAAUGUAUUUAAUGCAGAAAACACAAGUUGUUUCAUUUAGUAAAAGUACGCAAUAGUACAAUAAAUCUAUUUUAUUUACAGGUUUGGUGGUAGUGAGCAAGUAACCAUUUUUUUGUUGAAAUUGUAAUUAGUAUAUAUUAUCUGACUUAUGCAAAUGGAGUCAUAAACACCUGAAAAAAACAAAUUGCUGAGUCCACACAUCAGUGGCAACGGAUUUCAAUUUAACUUUGAAUACAUGCAAUCUAUGCUUUUUUUCAGCAGGUGUUAUAAAUCAAAAGUUCAAACACUGAACAACUGCCAUGAAAAUGUUCAAUUACAUCAGCUGAAUAUAAUCUUGCUUGAAUCUAUUUUUUGACAUGACACACAACAAUAUGAACAUAUUACUAUUUUUUUCUAUCCUAGAUGCAUAUAUUUUAUUUACAAAACGAUUGGUUAUGUUUUUCUGGAAGACACAGAAAAAAAUAACAAAUGCAUCUGACAAUAUAAAUAAAAUGUCAUAACAAUAACAUUCGCGCUUGUGAGCAUACGUAAAUAUGCACACACAAGGUGUGAGGGUGUUGUGUGUUUUUAAGGGUGCUGUGUGUGUGUUUGUGGGGAUGCUGUUAGUGUGCUGUGUGUGUGUGUUUGAGGAUGCUCUGUGUGUGAGGGUGCUGUAUGUGUGUGGGUGCUGUUUAUGUGCUGUGUAUAUGAGGGUCCUGUGUGUGCGCGCUGUUUGUGUUAGGGUGCUGUAUGUGUGUAGAUGCUGUGUGGGUGCUGUAUGUGUGUGUGUGCUGUAUGUUUGGAGGGAUUGUGAAGGUGGGGGCCCCCCUCCCUUCUUACCUUAUGUAGGGAGGGGGGAUCCUUGCUGUCCAAGGGAGAGUGAACUCUAGCCCCGCAGGCACCGCUCAGAUCUCGCGAGAGGAACCUGGCGGAGCUUCUGUCUAGAGCUCCCUGGGUCCUCUCCUGCCUCCUUUCAUGCUGCUGUGGGCUGGUGAGGUAGAUCUUUGAUCUCCCCGCUGGCCCAUGGAGGCAUAGAGCAGAGCCGGCACUCAGAUAGCGCCAGAUCUGCAUGAGCCGACAGGGGAGAUCCGGAGAUCUCCCCUGCCGGCAGGGGUCAAGUCCUGGGGAAUAAAGUGUGGGAACUCUCCCAAGAUUCCCACCCCCCCCAAAAAAAUAAUAUACACUUGUGUGUAUAUAGGUGUACACACACACAUACACUCACAGACACACACUUACAGACACACACACAUAUAUUCACAGACACACACACACACACUUACAGACACAUACACUCACAGACACACACAUACAUUCACAGACACACAUACACACACUUAAAUUCACAGACACACACACACACUCACAGACACACACACACACUCACAGACACACACACUUAUACUUACAGACACACACAUUCACAGACACACAUACACACACACUUACAGGCACACACACAUACAUUCACAGACACACACAUUCACACUUACAGACACACACACACAUAUAUCCACAGACACACACACACACUCACACAUUCACAGACACAUACACUCACAGACACAUAAACACACACACACUCACAGACACACACAUAUUCACAAAUUAUUAUUUUUUAAUUAAAAAUUGUCCACCCAGCCUCCCUACCUGGAGAGCAGGUGUGGACUUGUCCCUUGGGUCCAGUGGGUCAGACGCCUAUCUCCAUACAACAAGCGGCGAGGGAGCUGUGUGCUCUCUGCUCCCACGCGCCGCGUGGGCUGUCUGCUGUAGCUGCGAGCCAGAAUAUGACGUCAGAUUCCUUCUCCCGCCAUCAGCAAAUGGCGCGCGGCUCCCUCCCUCGCCGCUUGUUGUAUGGAGAUAGGCGCCCAACCGGGGGGGGGGUGAGGGGGUGUCCAUCACCUCUUGCUCCCCCUCUCCCCCCCAUGACAGAGGGAACACGGGGGAGGAGGGUAUUUGGGGGCGGCAGAGUGCCUGCAGGAACAGCGGGAACGGCAUUCCCACAUGUUCCUGCAGGACUCACAGCCGUGCCACGGGUAUUACAGUGUCCCCAGGCACACCCAGCACACCCCGUGCGCACGCCUAUGUUAAACUGUUUCCAGAGACACCUCAAUUUAUGCUUUCCUGAGGUCACUUCCAAAGGGGCAGGCAUAUCGAAUGGGUGGGGUGCUCAGCCCAAUAGGAAUCUGGUCUGGAUUCUAAGUCUACACAGAAAAAAAUGGGAAUUGGGGGAACGCCUAAAACAUGCAGUAACUUUAGAUUGUAAGCUCAUUUGAGCUAGGGCUGUAACUACUUUUUGUUAUUUAACACACAGAAAAUAGGUGGAGCAAGUGAUGAUAAUUAAAUAAAAAUGUACUUCCCUCUCUUCUAACUUUCUCACUGUAAAAGAUAGAGAGGUACAAAAUAGUGCAGAUAUUUCUAUACACAGAAUGUAAAUAAAAUAUAAAUCAUAUGCACUCACAAUGGAAGAGCCAUAUAAUAAAACCUGGCUCUGGUGUGGAUCUUCUUUGGGAUCUUAAUUGGGUGAUCCCCAAACCUCUUUAGUGGUGCUGGUUGGAAAAUGUCUUCCUUUUUGUUAUUGUUAGUCAAACUUGAGACUUCAAUUUGUCUGUACAUCUUGUCAGCACUGUAAAAAAUGUUGUUACUUUAUAAACAUUUAAAAUAAUAAUAAUAGUGAAAGAACCUUGGAAUUAAAACCUACGGUAAGGGAGAAGGAAAUCGAGUGCAUAAGAGCAGGGGACAGAGAAAAGAAAACUUGUGACUGUGGAUUGAGGUUAAGAGAGUAUAGGAGUGAGGACAAGAGAACACAGUGUUGCAGACUUGAGUUUAAGAGACAUACAUGUUAAGGGUCCUGAUAAUCAUGACUUGAGGGUAAAUAAAUUUAAAAGGGGUAGUUUAAUGCUAAAUAAAAAAAAUAAAAAUAAAAAAAAAUAUAUAUAUAUAUACACACACACACACAUAUAAUAUUGUAAUGCUUAAGCAUUAGUGUCUAGUUUACUUCUACUGCUAGUAGCAAAUUUCCUACCUAAUAACCUGCUCUUACGUUUAUGUUUACCCUAAUUUUAUUGUUGGGUGUUUUCUGUUAAUUUUACUUUUAUGAUGUUUGUGUCAGGAACCCUAAUACAAGUUAAGCCCAUGAUGGUGUAACUGGCUCCUGUUAAAUCUGUUCCAUACUUCCCCCACCUCGAUGUUACCACUACCGGAACCUCAGUCAAGCUCUUUACUAGAUGUGUAUUACCCCCUUCAGGAAACACAUUUGUAAGAUUGUAUGAGCCACACAUUGCAUGGCAAUAUGUGACCUGUUACGUUUAAAUAUUUUUUGUAUCUUUCAUUAUAUUAAAGGAUCACUAUAGUGUCAGGGAAACAAAGUGGUUUUCCUGACACUAUAGUGCCCUGAGGGUGCCCCCACACUCAGGGUCCCCCUUCCGUGGUGCUGAAGGGGUUAAAACCCCUACAGCCACUUACCUUAAUCCAGCGCCGGGCUCCCUCGGUGCUGGUGACCUCUCCUCCCCGUCUGACGUCAGCUCCCCUGUCUGACGUCACUGGAGCCGAACACGCAUAAGCGGCAAGUGCCGCGUGCGCAUUCAAAGUAUCCAUAGGAAAGCGAUAAAGGCAAAAUUUGCCUCCAGGGUCGCAGAUGCGCCUCUACUGGCUGUCCGAAAGACAGCCACUAGAGGCUGGAUUAACUCCAAAUGUAAACAUACCAGUUUUCUCUGAAACUGCUAUGUUUGCAUCUGAAGGGUUAAAACCUGAGGGACCUGGCACCCAGACCACUUCAUUGAGCUGAAGUGGUCUGGGUGACAAUAGUGUCCCUUUAAAACUCCACAUUCCGCUAAUUUAUACUCCCUGACAGAGUACUUAUAUACCAUAUAAAUUUGUAUGCAGUUUAUGUUACAACGAAGAUGCUGUGUGUUCUGGGUUUUGGAUGUGAAUAAAAAAAUAAACACUUAUAAAAAAGAGGGGACAGGUCUAUGCAUUUUGGUGCUUAGUGUGUCCCUUUAAAGGAUAAGGCUAAAUUUCUGAUUAAGGGGUAGAGGGUAAGAGACCAGAAUAAUAACAGUUAGUGAUCACAGACUAAAACUCUAAAAGUUCAGCUAGUAGUUUGCUGGGGUGCACAAUUUAUUUAUACAUGUUAAAUGUAAAACAAGGAUCCUCAUACUUAAAAUAACUGGGGACCACUCAUUACAUCUGCCUGCCCUGUAAUUAAGUUUACAAUAGAUGAAAGUGUUUAGUUAGGCUCUGUAAGGCAUAUUUCAAGCAUUCAUGCCCACAUGUAUGCAUGAACAGUUCCAGUAAUCAGAAUAAUGGUGAUUGACAACAUAUUGAAAUAAUACAGAAUAGCCAACUGACAGGUCAAGUGAAAUCUCAUUACUGGACUCAAAGGUUUCCCUAACCCUCUGAAUUACCAACAUCAUAAAUUUAUACUACAAAAAUAUAUAGUUUUAAUUUGGCAGAUUUUUCUUACGUGAUAUAUUUAGUUAUGCUGCUUGAAUACAACAAAAAGCAAAAAUUAUUUGUGUCUUCUACAAAUCCUUGUCUCUGUAAUGAAGGUUUGCAAGUGACAAGGACAAAAAGGAUCAGGCUGUGAAUUAAGGAAUUCAAAGAAGAACAUCGUGAUCUUGGAUGUAAUUACAGAAAUGUCCUUAUAAAGUUUCAUUUUCAAGGAGUCACAUUUUCUACCUGUAAAUUUCACGUCGGUAGGAAAUCAAGUCGAACAAAAAAAAAUCAAAGCAAUUAUUAAUCAGAAUUUCAGAAACAAACGUUUAGCAUAAAAUGUAAUUAUGUGAUAGAAAGACAGAUAAUAUCGGAAGUAAAAAUUUAUUUUAUGUCUCUAUUGCAGGUGGAGAUUGAACGAAAAGUGGUUCUAACUGAAUCAGAAGAACUGGACAAAGCUGGGGAGUGUAAAACACAGUAGACAUUUUUAUAGUUAAGGAUUUAAACUUUGUUUACUGAACGCAUGAUUCUCGUUCAACAGGCUGUGCAAAAAUCAAAAGUAGCUGUAUAACCAUGAUAAUAGAUAGAAAGAUAAAAUGUUAAUAUUAUUUUUUAUAUUUACAAGAUAAAGGAAAAUAAUAAUCUAUGCAAUUGAUCAGAGCCUAGCAUUUCACAUAUACAUGUAUAAUUCUGCUACCGUAUAAACGAUUUGAAUACCUAUUUCAAUAUGAUCAACCAGAUGGACUUCCAAAAAUAAACUGACACAUUUAUUGGCAAAAGUUUACUCAGAAGACAUCGAUCAGUUGCCCCCCACAAGUAUCUGCUUUAGUUAAACAUUAUUGCUCCUGGUUCAAACGAUUAAGGUAAAUGGAAGAGAUGGUGCAGGGAUAACCGAUGUAUGUGAUUUUACACUAAUGGCAUUUGCCUUUCCAUUCAAAGACAAAGGCAUGCUUUUGAUGCAAAUUAAUUCUUUGGACCCCUAACUUCCUGCGCACAUGUAUGGACUCUAGUCAUAAAAAAAUUACUGUAUAUGGGUGAAAUUGUGCUAGGAUUCCCAAAUACUAGUAAUAGGCAUAAAUGAAAGAAUAUAAUUAUUGAACACAAGUGUGACGUUUGUGAUGACUACCUGUUAUGCAUAAUAAAUUUCAAAUUAUGUGUAUA